ACUUGCGACAUUAAAGCUGAGGGUCCAAAGCGCUUCCUGACGCUGAAGAACGUACAGCUGGAUCAGGCCGGAGAAGUUUCCUUCCAGGCUCUGAACGCCAACACCAGCACCAUGCUCACCGUUAAAGAGAUCGAAAUGGGCUUUGUUGACGAGCUGAAGGAUGUGUCUGUGCCUGAAAAGAAACAGGCUAAGUUUGAAUGCACCAUCACCAAGGAUGUGCCUAAGGUCAUGUGGUUUAAAGGGGUUGAAAUCAUCACCCCAAGCCCCAAAUAUGAGCUAAUUGACGAUGGGAAGAAACACAUGCUGAUUAUAAACAGCUGUGAGUUUGACGAUGAGUCUCAGUACACCGUAGAGGUGUUGGACCGAAGAUCCACCGCUCAGCUGACGGUGGAAGGCAUGAGGCUGAAAUUUGUGCAGCACCUGCAGGAUCAAACGAUCAAAGAAGGUAACACGGUGCGCUUUGAUCUGGAGCUGACGCACGAGAACGUGCCUGUAGUUUGGUACCGAAACGAGGUGAAGCUCCACGUGAGCCGAACCGUGCUCAUGCACACGGAAGGACGGCGGCACACCUUAGAAAUGAGGUCGCUGAGUUUAGAUGAUACCUGCCAGAUAAAGGCAGAAGCCAAAGGAAUUUACUCCUCAGCCAAGCUGACAGUUAUAGAGGGAGACGCCGUCUUCCUGGUGAAGCUACAGGAUUACACCGCCACCGAGAAAGACGAGGUGACGCUGGACUGCGAGCUGAGCAAGGAUGUCCCCGUGGUCUGGUAUCAUGAGGAGAAGGAGGUCAUAGCCUCCAAACUGGUGGUGAUGAGGUCAGAGGGCACGCGCAGGUCUCUGGUCCUGAAGAAGGUCGCGCAGAACGAUCAAGGAAAAUACGUCUGUGACUGUGGGACGGACAAAACCUCUGCCAGCAUCCUGAUAGAGGCACGCGACGUGAAGGUAGUCAGACCGAUUUACGGCGUGGAGCUGUUUGACGGAGAGACGGCUCGGUUCGAGGUGGAGAUCUCAGAGGACGACGUCCACGGCCAGUGGAAGCUGAACGGAGAAGUGCUCAGUCCAUCCUCUGAUGUGGACAUCAUCGAGGAGGGAGGCAAACACACUCUGAUUCUCUACAACUGUAAGGUGUCCAUGACCGGGGAGGUGGCCUACUCUGCUGCCAAUGCCAAAUGUUCUGCCAACCUGAAGGUCAAAGAACUUCCUCUGAACUUCCUUACGCCUCUGAGCGACGUCCAGGUUUACGAGAAGGAUGAAGCCCGCUUUGAGGUGGAGGUGUCCAGACCUCCCAAGAGCUUCCGCUGGCUCAAAGGCUCUCAGGAACUGACGAGCGACGACAAGUAUGAAAUGAUCCAAGAGGGGAAAAUGUACGUCCUGCUGAUCCGAUCGGCGGCCUUUGACGACGAGGCCAAGUACAUGUUUGAGGCAGAGGACAAGAGGACGACCGGCAAACUCAUCAUUCAGGGUAUUCGCCUGGAGUUUGUCAAACCCAUUAAAGAUGUGACGGUAAAAGAGCGGGAAACCGCAGAGUUCAGCAUUGAGCUCUCUCACGAAAACAUCUCGGUGAUUUGGUACAAAAACGACGUCCGGCUGCUUCCCAGUAAGGUCAUCCACAUGUCGGAUCACGGAAAGGUCCACACUCUGGCCUUCAAGGAGGUGACCAUCGACGACACGUCUUUGAUCAAGGUGGAGGCCAUGGACAAGAGCAUGACCGCCAUGCUCACCGUCAUUGAGGGCGACAUCUACUUCACCACCAAGCUGCAGAACUACACUGCCGUGGAGAAGGACGAGGUGAAGCUGGUCUGCGAACUCAGCAAGGCUGCCGCCGACGUGAAAUGGUUCAAGGAUGGGCAGGAGAUCACCCCGUCCAAGAACAUCGCCAUCAGCGCUGACGGAAAGAAGAGAAUCCUGAUGGUCCGUAAGGCGGAGAAGGCUAACAUCGGAGAGUACACCUGCGACUGUGGUUCAGACAAAACCACAGCCAACCUGAAAAUCGAAGAGCGUGACAUCAAGGUUGUCCGUCCGCUGUACAGCGUGGAGGUCACCGAGACGGAGACCGCCAGGUUUGAGACGGAAAUCUCUGAGGAGGAUGUCCAUGGAAACUGGAAGCUGAAGGGAGAAGCUCUGCACCAGUCAGCUGAUGUGGAGAUUAAAGAGGAAGGAACCAAACAUCUGCUGAUUCUCUAUAACGUCCGUAUGGACAUGGCUGGGGCUGUGGACUUCUCUGCAGCCAAUGCCAAAUCCAACGCUCAGCUCAGGGUCAAAGCUCGCUCCAUCACACUGAUGCGUCCUCUGAAGGACGUUACGGUGACGGCGGGAGAGACGGCCACCUUCGAGUGUGAGCUGUCAUACGACGGAAUCGAAGUGGAGUGGUUUGUUGGAGGACAGAAGAUGGAAGCCAGCGAUCGGGUGAAGCCUCGGGUGACUGGUAGAGUUCACACCUUGACCAUCCGUGACGUGAAUCUCUCCGAGGCCGGUGAGGUCAAAUUGACAGCCAAGGAUUUCCUGACUCAGGCUCAGCUCAUUGUCAAAGAGCCGCCGGUGGAGUUCAUCAAGCCUCUUGAGGACCAGACGGUGGAGGAGGAGGCCACCGCCACGCUGGAGUGCGAAGUCUCAAGAGAGAACGCAGAGGUGCACUGGCUGAGGGAGGGACAGGAGAUCAGGAAGACCAAGAAGUACGACAUUGUCGCAGACGGGCGCAAGAGAGCCCUGGUCAUUCAUGAAUGCUCCCCAGAUGAUGCCAAGAUGUACACAUGUGACGCUAAAGACUUCAAAACUUCCUGCUUCCUGGAGGUCACACCUCCUUAUGUAGAGUUCACAAAACCUCUGCAGGAUGUAGAAGUUAGAGAGAAGGAUUCAGCCAGGUUUGAAUGUGAAGUGUCCCGCGAGUCCGCCAAGGUCCGCUGGUUUAAGGACGGCGGCGAGAUCAGAAAAGGAAAGAAGUACGAGAUCAUUGCUAAGGGAGUGCAGAGGAUCCUCGUCAUCCACAGGUCGGUGUUUGACGAUGAGGCCGAGUAUGAAUGCGAUGCCAGAACCUCCAAGACUUCCGGCAUUCUCACAGUCAUCGAGGAAGCAGCCACAUUUACCAAGAACCUGUCCAACGUGGAGGGAACAGAAACAGACAGCAUAAAGAUGAUCUGUGAGGUUUCCAAAGCCGAUGCUGAGGUCAGCUGGUACCGAGGAGAUGAGGAGCUGCCAGAGGGCGGACGCUACGAUCAGAUCAUGGACGGUCGCAGGAGGAUCCUGAUCAUACAGGACCUGAGGAUGGAAGAUGCUGGAGAAUACAACUGUAGGCUGAGUCCAACAGUCAGGACAUCCGCCUCCCUAAAAAUCAACGAACUGGAAGCGGAGUUCACCUCUCGUCCUCAGAACCAGGAGGUGGUGGAGGGGGAGAAGGUGGAGUUCUCCUGCACUGUCUCCAAGGACACCUAUGAGGUGAAGUGGUUUAGAGGUGAUCAGGAGAUCCAGGAUGGAGACAAGUACACCAUAAUCAGUGAAGGAAAGAGAAGAGCCCUGGUGGUGAAAAACUGUGACCUAAAGGAUGAAGGUGGCUACGUUGCUCACAUCGGCAGCGUUAAAGCUUCCGCUGAUCUCUGUGUGAUAGAAAAACUAAGGAUCGUCACACCAAUUAGGGACACGGAGGUGAAGGAAGGAAGUGAGAUUGUCUUUAACUGUGAGACCAACACUGAGGGAGCCAAGGCCAAGUGGCUGAAGAACGAAGAGACCAUAUUUGAAAGCAGUAAAUACAUGAUGAUGCAGAGAGACAACGUCUUCUCACUGAGGAUCAAAGAUGCUCAGAAGGCGGACGAGGCAGCCUACACGGUCUCUCUGACUAACCACAGAGGAGAACAUGCUAAAUGCUCUGCUAGUGCUAAAGUUUCAGCAGAAAAACUUAGAUUCAUGGAGCCCAUCGAAGACAUAGAGACCCAGGAGAAGAAGACCAUCAGUUUUGUUUGUAAGGUGAACCGGCCUGAGGUGACGGUGAAAUGGAUGAAGGCCGGCGAGGAGGUGACGUUCAGCAAACGCAUCGUCUACAGGGCGGAUGGCCUGAAACACACUUUGACAAUCAAGGACUGCGUCAUGGAAGAUGAGGGGGAGUACACCGCCGUGGUCGGAGACGACAAGUGUGCCGCUGAGCUGAUCAUCAGCGAGGCGCCAACAGACUUCACAGGACAGCUCAGGGAUCAGACCAUCACAGAGUUUGAGGAUGCAGAGUUUACCUGCAAGCUAAGCAAGGAGAAGGCUGCAGUCAAGUGGUACAGGAACGGACGCGAGAUCCGAGAAGGACCCAGAUAUCACAUGGAAAAAGAAGGCAAGACGUGCAGACUGAUAAUCAAGGUGUGCAGACCAGAUGAUGAGUGUGAAUACGCCUGUGGUGUGGAUGAGAGAAGGACCAGAGCCCGGCUUUUUGUUGAAGAAACCCCAGUGGAGAUCGUCAGGCCGCCCCAGGACAUGUUUGAGCCUCCGGGCUCGGAUGUUGUGUUUGAGGUGGAGCUCAACAAGGACCGAGUGGAGGUCAAGUGGAUGAGAAAUAACAUGAUUAUAGUGCAGGGAGAUAAAUACCAGAUGAUCAGCGAGGGUAAGAUCCACAGGCUGCAGGUCUGCGAAAUCAGACCCAGAGAUCAAGGAGAGUACCGCAUCGUGGCCAAAGACAAGGAUGCCCGGGCCAAGCUGGAGCUGGCAGCAAUUCCUAAGAUCAAGACCACCGACCAGAACCUGGUGACGGAUGCCGGUAAACCAUUUGUCAUGGCAGUCCCCUAUGACGCCUACCCCCGCGCUGAUGCUGAGUGGUUCUUUGGUGGAAACAGUUUACCUGUUCAGAACAUCGAUACUUCAAAUGAGAAGACAGAGUACCGGCUUAAGAGCCCCACCAAGGAGGACCAGGGCCGGUACCGAGUGGUGAUCAAAAACAAGCACGGGGAGGGGGAGGCUUUCAUCAACCUGGAUGUGAUCGAUGUCCCUGGACCAAUCAAGAACCUAAGAGUGGUCGACACUGCGGAUGGGGAGGUCAGCUUAGCCUGGGAGGAGCCAGAGAGCGAUGGUGGAAGCAAGAUCAUUGCCUACGUGGUGGAACGACGUGAUGUAAAGCGGAAGACCUGGACUCUGGCUACAGACCGGGCUGAUACUCCAGAGUACUGCGUCAGUGGACUACAGAAGGACUCGCUGUAUCUGUUCAGAGUCUGCGCCCGUAACAGAGUCGGACCCGGACCUCUUGUUGCCACAGAUGAUGCCGUUCAGGCCAAGAACAAAUUUGAUGUCCCAGAUGCUCCAGAAAAUGUUGCUGUCGGUUUGGUGAACCGGUUUGGAGCCACCGUCAGCUGGGAGCCCCCCAAGUUUGAUGGCGGGUCAGAGAUCACAGCGUACGUGAUUGAGCUCCGAGACAGGACUUCUGUGAAGUGGGAGGCGGCCCUGGUGUGUGGAGCGGCCCAACGCUCAGCCACGCUGAACGAUGUGGUGGAACACAAGGAGUACAUCUUCAGGGUGCGAGCUGAGAACAAGGCUGGAAUCGGAAGACCCAGCGCUGCCACCAACCCCGUCAAGAUCAUGGAUCCCAUCGAGAGGCCGAGUCCACCUCUGAACCUGAACUACAGUGACCAAAUUAAGACGGCCGUCAGUCUGACCUGGGAAACCCCACUAAGCAACGGUGGCAGCAUGAUCACCGGGUACAUCAUUGAGAAAUGCGACGAGGGCUCCGACAAGUGGCUGCGCUGCAACGCCAGACUCUGUCCUGACUUGUCCUACCGGGUGUCUGGACUGAAGCCUGGUCAGAAGUACCUGUACAGAGUUUGUGCCGAGAACGCCGCUGGUGUCUCAGAUCCGACCGAGCAGCUCGGACCUCUGCUUGCUGACGACCCACAUGUUGGUCCAACAUUUGACCUGAGCGGCUUUAGGAACGGCCUGGAGGUCAUUGCCCCCCAGCCACUCACCAUCAGGGUUCCCAUCACCGGUUAUCCUACACCCACAGCCAAGUGGAGCUUUGGAGAGAAACAACUGACCACAGCUGACGAACGCGUCUCCAUGGUAACCAAGCCUACCUUCACAGAGCUGACAAUUUCACCUAGCGUCCGUCCCGAUAAGGGCUGCUACACCCUUCACCUGGAAAACGACGUGUCGUCUGUCUCUGGCGAAAUCGAAGUCAACGUCAUCGCGUGUCCAAGUGCGCCCAAAGACUUCAAGGUGGCUGAGGUGACUCGAAACCACGUCCACCUGAUGUGGGAGCCUCCAGAACACGAUGGAGGAAGCCCGGUCACCCAUUAUCAGAUUGAGAAGAGAGAAGUUUCACGCAAGACUUGGGCCAAGGUUGCUGCUGGAGUCAUGGAUCUGGAGCAUACAGUGACGGAUGUCAUUGAAGGAAAAGAGUACCUGUUCAGCGUCAUCGCCUGCAACAAGUGUGGACCUGGAGAACCAGCAUACAUAGACGAACCAGUAAACGUCUCGUCUCCUGCGACUAUUCCUGAUCCUCCUGAGAACCUUAAAUGGCGCGAUAAGAGUGGAAAGAGCAUCUUCCUUAUGUGGGAACCUCCAAAGUACGAUGGUGGUUCUCCGAUCAAAGGCUACGUGGUGGAUAAGUGUCAGCGUGGGACAGAUAAGUGGGAGCCCUGCUGCGACCCGAUCCCUGAACUCAAGUUCCAGGUGACGGGGCUAACUGAGGGGCAGUGGUACGCCUACAGAAUCAGAGCAGUGAACAAGUUGGGGGCCAGCCGACCCUGCAGGGCCACAGAUGAGAUCCAGGCUGUAGAUGCUAGAGAACCUCCGGAGAUUGAGCUGGAUGCAAAGCUGCUGGCGGGUCUGACGGCCAGAGCCGGCACCAAAAUCGAGCUUCCUGCAGACGUCAAAGGAAAGCCUGAUCCUCGUGUCAAAUGGACCAAGGCCGACCUGGUCCUGCGGGCCGAUGACCGCAUCUCCAUCGACUCCCAGCCAGGUCACUCCAAGCUUUCCAUUAGCAACACCACCAGAGAAGACACAGCCACUUACAUCAUUGAGGCGGUUAACAUCUGUGGACGUGCCACAGCCACCAUUGAUGUCAACAUUCUGGAUAAACCGGGUCCUCCAGCCGCUUUUGACAUCUCAGAGAUCACCAACGAGUCAUGCGUUCUGGCCUGGAACCCUCCCAGAGAUGACGGGGGCUCGCCCAUUACCAACUACAUCGUUGAAUGUCGGCAAACGGACAAAGAGGAGUGGGUGAAGCUGUCCGCCACGGUGAAAGACACCACCUUCAAGGCCUGCAAGCUGACCGCCCUGAAGGAGUACAUAUUCAGAAUCAGCGCUGAGAACCAGUACGGCAUUGGCGUUCCCACUGAGCAUACACCCAUCAUUGCAAAGUACUCCUUUGAUCCUCCUGGUCCUCCAACCAGAGUCACUCCCUCUGACAUUGCGAAGGAUGCAGUGACCCUGACCUGGUUUGAGCCAGACGAGGACGGUGGCAGCCCCAUCACUGGGUACUGGAUCGAGAAGUUUGAUCAAGAGAGCGACAAGUGGAUCCGAUGCAACAAAUUGCCCAUUAAAGACACAACCUUCAGGGUAAAAGGACUCCCCACCAAGAAGAAGUUCCGCUUCCGUGUUUUGGCGGAAAAUCUGGCUGGACCUGGAAAACCGAGCGUGGAGACAGAUCCUGUGCUGAUCAAAGACCCCAUCGAUCCUCCAUGGGCACCUGGGAAACCGGUUGUCAGGGAGGUUGGAAAGACCACUGCAUUGCUAGCAUGGACGCGACCAGAGCACGACGGCGGGGCCAAGAUCGAAGGCUACAUCAUUGAGUUCCAGAAGACAGGUAGCGAGGAGUGGAUCCGCAUUGCAGAGGACGUUCCUCAGACAGAGCACCAGCUGGAGGGUCUGAUGGAGAAGCAGGAGUACUCGUUUAGGGUGAAGGCCGUCAAUAAGGCUGGUGAAAGCGAACCCAGCGAGCCCAGUGACCCGGUGGUCUGCAAGGAGAGACUCUAUCCUCCAUCCGCUCCUCAGUGGCUGGAGGUCACCAACAUCACCAAGAUCAAUGCUGACCUGAAAUGGCAGGCUCCCAGCAGUGAUGGUGGGUCUCCCAUCACCAACUACGUGGUGGAGAAGAGGGAUGUGAGGCGGAAGGCCUGGCAGACUGUCGACACCACCGUCAAGGAGCUGAAAUACACGGUGACGCCUCUGAACGAGGGAUCGCUGUAUGUGUUCAGAGUGGCUGCAGAGAACGCCGUUGGAACGGGAGAGUUCUGUGAGCUGGAGGAUGCAGUGCUCGCCAAGGACACAUUCACUACUCCUGGUCCUCCAUACGCCCUGACAGUGGUGGAGGUCACUAAGAGACACGUGGAGUUGAAGUGGGAGCCUCCCAAGAGCAACGGUGGAAGACCCAUUACCAAAUAUGUGAUUGAAAAGAAAGAAAAAGUCGGAACUCGUUGGUUGAAGUGCUGCAAGACUCCAGAUAAACAGACUCAGUUCAAGGUGACUGACGUGGACGAAGGAUCAGAGGUUCAGUUCCAGGUCAGAGCGGAAAAUGAGGCUGGAGUAGGAGAUCCUAGUGAACCUACCGUCAUCCUCACCAUAGAGGAUCCAACCAGUGUUCCGUCUCCUCCUCUGGAUGUGGCCAUUGUUGACGCCAGCAGGGAACACAUCAAUGUCACCUGGAAACCACCAGCCAAGGACGGCGGCUGUCCCAUCACGGGAUACCAUGUUGAGGUGGCAGAGGCUCGUCCAGAACUCAAGUGGCUACGGGUCAACGCCCGCCCCAUUAAGGAGCUGAACUUUAGGAUCGACGAUGGGAUCAAACCAGAGAAGAAAUACGUAAUCAGAGUUCGGGCCAUCAACUCUAUUGGAGUUAGCGAUCCCUCUGAUAUCUCUGACAAAGUUGCCACCAAAGAUCCAGACUGUGCACCAUCCAUGGAUCUGGACGCACAGGAUGUGAUCGUCGUUGAAGGAGAGAAGCUGCACCUGAACAUCCCCUACAAAGGAAUCCCUACCCCCAAGAUGGUUUGGCAGAAAGACAGCGUGGAGUGCAAAGCGGACGACAGGCUCUCCAUGACGGUCGAGAUGAACAGCGCCCAUCUGGAGCUGCUGAGGUCCCAACGUUCUGAUGCCGGUGCCUACACCAUCACCCUGGAGAACAGUCUGGGAAGUGCCACAGGAACCAUCAACGUCAAAGUUAUCGGGCUCCCUGGUCAGUGUAAAGACAUCACCUCCAGCGACGUCACCAAGAACUCUUGUGUGAUCAGCUGGGAAGCUCCGGAAGAUGACGGUGGCACCCCCAUUGUCAGUUACACCUUGGAGCGUCGGGAAGCCUCUAAGAAAACCUACAUUCCUGUCAUGUCGGGCCAGAAUAUCCUAACCUUCAACGUCAAAGACCUUUACAUCAACUGCGAGUACUACUUCAGAGUGAAGGCUGUCAACACAGUCGGAGCCGGAGAAUAUCUGGAGCUGCGCAGCCCCGUCAUCACGGAGGAAAUCAAACAGAAACCAGACCCUCCCAUCCAGGUCGAGGGCCAUGACCCCACAUCCAAGUCCAUCACCGUCACCUGGAAGGCUCCAGACUACGAUGGUGGUUGCCCCAUCCAGGGCUACAUAAUAGAGAAGAUUGAGAAGGAUGGCGACCGCUAUGAGAGGGUCACCCCCAGCCUGGUUGCAGGUUUCUCCUAUGUGGUGACGGAUCUGAAAGAAGACAUGGAGUAUCAGUUCAGAGUCCGAGCAGAGAACGCCGCCGGAGUCAGCGAGCCGUCGCGCAGCACGCCGCUGAUAAAGGCUGCUGAUCCUGUUGAGAAACCAAAGGUCACCCUGCAUGCACGCGUGCAGUCCGGCCUCUGCGUAAAGAAGGGCGAGGAGAUCCGCAUCGAUGCUUUUAUCUCUGGCUCUCCAUACCCCAAAGUCACCUGGCUGAGGAACGAGGAGGAUGUGACCAAAGAGCCCGCUAAAAAGAUCAUUCCAGUGCUGAAGAAGAAGAAGACCAAAGCCCAUGUUCCAGAACCAGAGGAGGAGUUUGUGACUCCUCUAAGGGAGCGUCUUGGUCUGGAUAAGACCACAAAAGGCCAGUCUGCCCUGAUGAUCCGUGACGCCGUCAGGGUCGACCAUGGGACCUUCACAAUCAAGGUGGAGAACACUCACGGCGUCGCUUCUGCCACCUGUUUCGUCAAUGUUCUGGAUAAACCUGGACCCCCGAUAAACUUCACCUUCGAUGAGAUCAGGAACACCUCAGUCAUCUGUAACUGGGAGCCUCCUGAGGACGACGGUGGCAGCGAGAUCUUAAACUACAUCUUGGAGAAGAAAGACAACAAGAGUGACGAGAUUGGCUGGAUCACCAUCACCUCCACCUUGAAGGGAACCAGCUUACCCGUCACCAAACUCAUCGAGGGGAAGGAAUACAUCUUCAGAGUCACAGCUGAGAACAAAUAUGGCUGUGGUCCACCGUGCAUCUCUGAGCCGCUCGUGGCCAAAAAUCAAUUCAAUCCCCCUGAUGCUCCCAACAUCCCCAGAGUUCAUGAGGUGACAGCAAGUUCCGCCCACAUCUCCUGGCAUGAGCCAAAGGACAACGGCAGCCCCAUCCUUGGUUACUGGAUCGAGCGCAAGGAGGUGAACAGCAAACACUGGACCAGAGUGAACCGGGCCCUCCUCAACUCCCUGGACGUGAAGGUCACUGGUCUAAUGGAGGGCCUAACCUACAUCUUCAGAGUGUGUGCGGAGAAUCUGGCGGGCCCUGGACCCUUCAGUGAGCCCACUGACCGCAUCGUAGCCAUGGAUGCAAUUCUUCCUCCUGGACCCCCCAUCCCCAGGGUUGUGGAUACUGGCAAUGAUUCUGUCAUCUUGGCCUGGAAGCCCCCGCUGUACAAUGGUGGAGGGGACAUUUUGGGAUACCACAUUGAAAAGGUGUUGGCUGGAGAGAAGGAAUGGAGCCGCUGCACAGAGUUCAGGUGUAAAGAGCUGACGUUCACGGUGACCGGCCUCACAGAAGGAGCAGACUACUAUUUCCGGAUCCUUGCUGUUAAUGACGCCGGCCCUGGAGCUCCUGGUCUCACCGAACCUGUAACGGUCAAAGAGCCACAAGAAACACCUGUCGUGGAAUUCGAUGCCUCCGUGAAGAAUGGCGUCAUGAUAAAAGCUGGCGAAUUGCUGAGGCUUCCGGCUGUGGUGACUGGUAGACCUCAGCCAGAGGUGAAAUGGGCCAAAGACGAAGCAGAGAUCGACAAAGAGAGGAUGAUUGUGGAGACAGAAGGCAAGAGGAGCAGCCUGUUCAUCAAGAAGGCCGUAAGGACCGAUAGCGGGAAAUACCAGAUCACCGGCACCAACAGCAGCGGCACCAAGACGGCAGAAACCAAAGUGGAUGUUAUGGAUGUCCCUGGACCAGUGGUGGACCUUAAGACUGUCCUGGUGACGAAGAAGAACAUUGUCCUGACCUGGUCAGAUCCUCUGGACAACGGCGGUAGCGACAUCAUCGGCUACGAGGUGCUGAGGAAAGACGCCAAGAUGAAGCUGUUCCGGCAGCCAAUGGAGAUGGCAUCCUGCAGGUGCGACAUUCAGGGCCUGCUAGCUGGGGAGGAGUACGACUUCAGAGUCAUUGCCAGGAAUAAGUACGGCGAUGGAGCUCCAGCAGACCUGGGCCCCAUCCUGGCUGAGGAUCCUAAAGGUACUCCAUCUGCUCCAGAGAAGCUGCACUACACGGACCGAAGCAAGACCACCAUCACUCUGGCUUGGGAGCCCCCACGCACUGAUGGCGGCAGCCCCAUCAGAGGAUACUACGUGGAGAAGAUGAGGUCAGACAGCACAGAGUUUGACGUGGCCAACAGGAAGAUCUUCACUGAGUGCUGCGGAACCAUCGAGAACCUCUCUGAGAACCAGGAGUACCAGUUUCGCGUGAAAGCUGUGAAUGAGGUUGGAGACGGAGAACCAUCCAAACCAAUCACCGCCAGGAUCCAGGAUGACCAAAUCGCUCCAGUUAUCACAAUCCUGAAGUUUUUCAAGAGCAACGCCAUCAUUGUGAGGAAAGGAGCCGCCAUUGACAUCCCAGCAGAGGUGACUGGCCUUCCUCUGCCGACACUCCAGUGGAUAAAGGACGAUGUGGUGAUCGAGAAGCCUGAUGAGGAGAAGAUGACCUUAGAAACAGAGGAGGUAAACAGAACGACACUGAGGACGAAGAUUUCUAUCCCAGAAACUGUCCGACAAGACAAAGGAAACUACAACCUUGUUGCUGAGAACUGCUACGGCAAAGCUCAGCAUGUGGUCCGAGUGGAGGUCCUGGACCGCCCCCUUCCUCCAAGGAACAUCACUGUGUCCGACAUCAAGGCGGACUCCUGCUACCUGACCUGGGACGCUCCGGAGGACAACGGAGGCAGUGAAAUCACCAACUACAUUGUGGAGCGCAGAGAUGCCAGCAAGAAGAAGUCAGACUUUGAUGUUCUGACCAUCAACCUGAUCGAUAGAAGAUAUGGGGUCUACAAACUGAACCUGAAUGGAGUCUAUCAGUUUAGGAUCAAAGCUGAGAACAAGUACGGAGUCAGCGAUGGCUGCGAUUCAGAGAAAGUCCAGCUAAGAGAUCCGUUCGGACUUCCUGGACCUCCACGUAACCCAAAAAUCAUAGCUGCAACUGCAACCACCAUGACGGUGACCUGGGACCCUCCGCUGGACAACGGGGGCUCCACCAUCCAGGGCUACUGGCUGGAGAAGAGGGAACGCGGUGCCGUCUACUGGGGCCGCGUUAACCGGGCGCCGGUCACCAAGCCAGCAGUGAAGGGGCUUCAGUACACGGUGCUGAGGCUCAUAGAAGGAACAGAAUACCAGUUCAGGAUUGCAGCCUGCAACGCGGCAGGAGUCGGCCCCCACAGCGAGGCCACGGAGUGCCGCUUCGCCACCGAUCCAUGCAACCCCCCAAGCCCACCUGGAACCCCCGAGGUUAAAGACAAGACCAAGAGCAGCAUCACCCUCGCCUGGGCUCCUCCAGAGAGAGACGGCGGCAGCCCGAUCAAGGGUUACAUCGUUGAGGUUCACGAGGAGGGCUCCCCGGACUGGAGGAGGGUGAACCCUGCCGACAAGCUCCACCCCUCCACAGAAAUCACCGUCCCUGACCUAAAAGAGGGCAAGAAAUGCAAGUUCAGGAUCUAUGCAGUGAACGCCGCUGGGAAGUCAGAGCCCGCUAGGACCGGAGACAUCCUGGUCCAGGACAUCCUGAUCGAACCAGCUGUGUCUCUGGACGUGAAUGCUCACGACCUGCUGUACUGCAGAGCAGGAACCACCAUCAGGAUUCCUGCCACCAUAACUGGACGACCUGUUCCCAAAGUCACCUGGACCUUUGUGGACGGGACAGCUGAGACGGAGAAGAAGAAUGACCUUCACACGCUGCCCGUCGACUCCGAGAUCCACUCUACUGACACCACCUCCGUGGUGGUGAUCCCAGAGAGCAAGAUCGGUCACACGGGUCGAUAUAUCAUCAACGCAGAGAGUCCGGCUGGACACAAAAUCGUCAAAGUCAGGGUCAACGUGCUCGACCUGCCUGGACCUGUCAGGAAUCUGAAGGUGAGUGAUGUGACCAGAGGAACCUGCAGACUCUCCUGGAAACCUCCAGAGAGCGACGGAGGAGAGCGGGUGAAGAGCUACUUUAUUGAGAAGAAAACCGUGGAAGGCAAAGCCUGGACCAAGGUGAACCCAACCUGUGCCACUCAGUCUCUGGUGGUUCCAGACCUCAUUGUGGGUGAGGAGUACCUGUUCCGUGUCCGAGCUGAGAACAGCUUCGGGUUUGGCCCAUAUGUUGAGACUACUGAAAGUACCAAAGCCAGAGAUCCAAUCCACCCCCCGGAUCCUCCAACACGGCUGAAGAUCCAGAACGUCAGGAAGGGCACAGUCUCGCUGACCUGGAAGGCUCCGAAGAACGACGGAGGGUCACCCGUUACCCACUACAGCGUUGACCUUCUGUGCUGGGAUUCCAGUGGAGCCCAGAAAGAGUCCUGGAGGAGGUGCAACAGGAGAGAUGUGGACACCACCAGCUUUAAGGUGGAGGACCUGACAGAAGGAGACGAAUACGAGUUCAGAGUGACGGCUUACAAUGAAGCCGGACCCAGCAGACCGUCAUCCACCGCCGGACCCGUCAUCAUCCAGGACCAGACAUGUGCUCCAUCCAUUGAGCUGGAGGAGUUCAUGGAGGUGGAGCAGGGCGCCGACAUCAGCAUUGUGGCCAAGCUUCGUGGCUGCCCCUUCCCCACACUCACUUGGUACAAGGCACCUCCCCACAAGUCUGACGACAAGGCAGAGGUCCAGUACGAUGAGCACAUCAACAAGAUGGUGUCCGACGACAGCUGCACGCUCCUCAUCCAGCAGGGCAAACGUCACGACACGGGCCUGUACACUCUGGUGGCCUCCAACAGCCUUGGCAAGGCCUCCAAGGAAAUGAGGCUCAAUGUUCUUGGUCGUCCUGGCCCCCCAUCUGCUCCUAUUAAGUUUGAAGAAGUCGGCGCUGAAAAGAUCACACUGUCUUGGCUUCCACCAAAGGAUGACGGCGGCUCUAAAAUCACCAACUAUGUGAUCUGGAGACGCGUGGCCAACAGAAAAACCUGGGUGCCGGUCACCAACGAGCCCAAAGACCGCAUCUGGACCGUGGAGAAUCUCAUGGAGGGACAUGAAUACGUGUUCCGCAUCAUGGCGCAGAACAAGUAUGGGGUCGGUGAGCCUCUGGACAGUGAGCCUGAGGUCGCCCGGAACCGUUACACUGUUCCCGGGCAAGUUGAGAAGCCAACAGUAACCAACGUCACCAUGGAUUCCAUGACGGUCAACUGGGAGGAGCCUGAGGAUGACGGCGGCACUCCCAUCACCGGCUACUGGUUGGAGCGCAAGGAGACCACAGGAAAACGCUGGGCUCGUGUCACCAGGGACCCCAUCCGUCCCAUGGGCCUGGGCGAGUCCUUUGUAGUGACUGGACUCAUUGAGGGGUCUGAGUAUUUAUUCAGGGUUUCUGCCAUCAACGCCGCAGGCCCAGGACUCGCCAGUCCUCCAACAGACCCGGUCUUCGCUCGGGACGCCAUUACUCCCCCAUCACCUCCAACCCCAAGGGUCUCUGACUGGACACGGUCCACGGUUGACCUGGAGUGGAUUCCGCCCCUGAAAGAUGGAGGGUCCAAGAUCAUCGGCUACUGGGUGGAAUACAAGGAGGAGGGCACUGAGGCCUGGGUGAAGGCGAAGGAAACUGAAAUCCGAGGCACACGGUUUGUGAUCAGUGGUCUAAAGACAGGAGGUCAGUACAGAUUCAGGGUGAUUGCCUUUAAUGCAGCGGGUAACGGCGAGCCAGGUGAAGUCCCAGAGGUGCUGGAGGUCAACGACAGAAGCAUUGCUCCUGAGGUGGACCUGGAUGCAUCGAUGAAGGAGAGGAUGGUGGUCCACGCCGGCGGCGUGAUCCGUCUCAUUGCCUACGUGUCGGGCCAGCCGACGCCCGACGUUACCUGGACCAGAGACGGUGCAGGACUGCCCCCAGAGGCUAAAGUAGAGAGCACUGCCAUCAGCUCCUCACUGGUCAUCAAACCCUGUGCCAGAAAACAUCUCGGCGUUUAUACUGUGACUGCCAAGAACGCCAGUGGAGAGAAGACAAAGAACGUCACGGUGGAAGUCCUGGAUGUUCCUGGACCUGUCGGCAUUCCAUUUGUGGCUGAAAACCUGAGCAUAGACUCCUGCAAGCUCAGCUGGUUCUUCCCCGAGAACGACGGAGGCUCUCCCAUCAGCAACUACAUAAUCGAAAAGCGAGAAGCUGAGCGCAAAGCCUGGACAGCUGUGUCCUACAGCGCCAGCAGACAGAAUGCGAUCGCUCGCGGCCUGACCCUCGGAAAGGCCUACUUCUUCAGAGUGGCUGCUGAGAAUGCCAUCGGUAUUGGACCGUUUGUGGAGACAGCAGCGGAAGUUAUAAUCAAGGAGCCAAUCAGUGUACCAGACCGUCCUGAAGAUCUGGAGGUCACCAAGGUUACCAAACAUUUGAUUGGCAUCACCUGGAAAGCCCCCAAGUUUGAUGGAGGGUCUGAAAUCACCAUGUACAUUCUGGAAGCACGUAUGAUUGGAAAGGACAAGUUUACCAGGCUUACCAAAGAGAAGUUGAUGGACAGAAAGUUUACCUAUGAUGGCCUGAGAGAAGGAGACACCUACGAGUUCAGGGUGAUCGCAGUGAAUGAAGUCGGACAGAGCAAACCAUCGUUCUGCACCAAACCGAUCACUUGCAAGGACGAACUGGAGCCCCCAACCAUCGAGCUGGACUUCCGCGAUAAGAUCAUCAUACGUGUGGGAGAAAGCUGUCUGCUUCAGGGACGCUACACGGGCAAACCAGCUCCAUCUAUCGUCUGGUACCGAGAUGACGAAGAACUAAAAGCUGAUAAACACAUCAUUUUAAAGAGCACACCCACCAUGAUGUCUCUGGGCCUGGUAAAGGCGAAGCGUGAGCACAGUGGCAGAUAUGUGGUGGUUGUGGAAAACAGCACAGGGUCCAGAAAGGGCGUUUGUAACGUCACAGUUGUAGAUCGUCCAACUCCUCCUGUUGGUCCUGUGGUGUUUGACGAGGUCCACAGAGAAUUUAUGGUGAUCUCCUGGAAACCUCCAUUGGAUAGUGGAGGUGUUGAGGUGUCCAACUACAUAAUUGAGAAGCGAGAUGUCAACAGAGAAAUCUGGACCACAGUAACAUCUGCAACAACAAAGACCACAUGCAAGAUCCCGAAGUUAACUGAAGGCAGAGAGUAUAUCAUGAGGAUAUCUGCAGAGAACAUGUAUGGUAUCAGCGACCCUCUGGAGUCCGAGGAGAUGAAGGCUAAAGAUCUGUUCAGAGUCCCUGAAGCUCCGGAGAUGCCAACAGUCAGAGAGGUUUAUGCUACCAAUGCCCUGGUGUUGUGGAACCGUCCCCGUGAUGGAGGCAAACCUAUUACCAACUACAUCCUGGAGAAGAAGGAGCCUGGAGCGAAGAGGUGGUCCAGAGUCACCAGAGACCCUCUAUAUCCAGCCACCCAGUACCGAGUCCAGGACUUGAUAGAGGGCUGCGAGUAUGAAUUCAGGGUGAUGGCUGAGAACGAGUUGGGCACUGGAGAUCCCAGUCCCCCAUCCAAGCCGAUCCUUGCCAAGGAUCCCAUUGUGUGCCCCAGUCCUCCAGUAACACCAGAAGCUUACGAUAAGACCAAAGAUUCAGUGAGUCUGAAGUGGCAGAUGCCCCGCCACGAUGGAAAAGGACGAAUCUUUGGCUACCUCGUUGAAUAUCAGAAGCCUGGUUCCGUAGAGUGGACUCAGGCCAACAAAACUCCAGAGGAGUGUCCUGACCUUCACUACGUGGUGACAGGCCUGACUGAUGGACAGGAGUAUACCUUCAGGAUCUUUACUGUCAAUGCAGCCGGCAAAUCUGACCCUGCCUACGUUAAACAGACCAUCAAAGUCCAUGACAGGCUUGAGGAACCAGAAUUACUCUUGGAUGCCAACAUGGCACGUGACCACUUAGCAAUGCUGGGUACCGACAUCACUCUUAGUGCCAAAGUUAAGGGGGUUCCAAUGCCGACAAUUACCUGGAAGAAAAAUGAUGGAGAUGUUCCUUCUCACAUCACUGUGGCUGUUACUGCCAGCGGCAGCAAAGUCUUCAUCCCCAAGUGUGUCCGUGCAGAUUCAGGCAACUAUACUAUUACGGUUGAGAAUGCUGCUGGAAAGAAAUCAGCAACCGUUGCCGUGCUUGUGCUGAAUAAGCCUUCUCCUCCAAGAGAUCUUGUGGUGUCCGAGGUGACUAGCGAGUCAGCCUACCUAACAUGGAAGGCUCCAGAGGACAAUGGUGGUGCAGUCAUCUCUCAUUAUGUUGUGCAAAAGAAGGAUGUGGCUGCAGACCAGUGGGUACCGGUUGCUCCAGCCAAUAAGAAGCUUAGUCUUAUGGCCAUGUACCUUAUGGAGGGAAUUCAGUAUCUAUUCAGGGUGGCUGCUGAGAACCAGUUUGGCAGGAGUGACUUUGUUGUGACCAAGGUACCCAUUAAGGCUACAGAUCCUCUAUAUCCUCCCGGCCCACCCAAAAAUCUCCACCAUACCGAUGCAGACAAGACAGAGGUGUGGUUGGCCUGGGAGUGGCCUGAUCGCAAUGGAGGCAGUGAAAUUACCGGUUUUAUUGUUGAACACCAAGAAGAGGGCCAAACUGAUUGGGUUACUUUUAAGACCGUGACCAACAACCACAGUCAUGUGACAGGUCUGGAAGAAGGCAAGACUUACCGCUUUAGAGUUAAGGCUCAGAAUGCCAUUGGUAUCAGCCGCCCUGAGACCAGUGUCCCCAUUACUUGCCAGGAGAAGACAUUGCCACCUACUAUCGAAGUUGAUGUGAAACUUAUUGAGGGUCUUGUGGUCAAAGCUGGCACUACCAUUGUUCUACCAGCUAAGAUGACAGGAAUCCCCCUUCCCACAGCCAAGUGGAUCAGUGACGGCAAGGAGUUGACAUCUGAAGGUCGAUUCAAAAUUGAAUCUGCUGAAACUUCAACCACCCUCAGUAUCGUAGAGAGCCAGAGAGGAGACACCGGAGAGUACAUGCUCACUGUGUCAAAUUCUGCGGGCAGUAAAACCGUUGCUCUACACGUCACUGUGUUGGAUCUACCAGGACCACCAGUUGGACCCAUCAAUAUUUUGGAGGUUACCCCCGAUCACAUGAUGAUACAAUGGCGGGCACCUAAAGACGAUGGUGGUACACCCAUCACCAAUUAUGUGGUUGAAAAGAAAGAUGUCAAGAAGCCAUGGGAACCCUGGUCCGUUGUUAGCUCAAGUGGCAUCAGCACAAAGGCCAAGGUGACACGGUUGGAGAAAGGCCGCGAGUACAUCGUCAGGGUCCGAGCAGAAAACAAAAUUGGCAUUGGAGCUGGGCUUGAAAGUCCCCCAACGAUUGCAAAGCACUUGUUUAACCCUCCUGGUCCUCCAGGGUUCCCCGAGUGCUCUGAUAUCACAGAAAAUGCAGUAACAGUGGAAUGGGCCCUUCCUGACUAUGAUGGAGGAAGCCCCAUCAGUGGGUAUGUGAUUGAACGCAGAGAGAUGACAGGAAAAUGGAUUCGUGUCAACAAAACUCCUGUGCUGGACCUACGAUACAGAGUCUCUGGUCUGUUUGAAGGCAACAGCUAUGAAUUCCGAGUGUUUGCUGAGAAUGUUGCUGGUAUCAGUGAGCCUUCACUUACAUCUGACCCGGUCAAAGCUACACGUGCCAUCACCAAACCCGGUCCUCCCGGCAACCCCAAACUUAAAGACUGGAGUAAAUCCUAUGCAGACAUCUGCUGGACCAAACCCACGAGAGACGGAGGCAGCCCAAUCCUAGGCUAUGUUGUUGAGGCUCAGAAGUCAGGAUCUGCCCAGUGGGAUCGAAUCAACAAAGACCUAAUCAAGAUCUGUGCUUACAGAGUCCCUGGUCUCAUUGAAGGAAUGGAGUACAGACUACGUGUCAGAGCUACAAACAUAGUGGGAGACAGUGAACCCAGGGAACUGCCUGAGGCCGUUUUGGCAAAAGACAUCCUGGUGCCUCCUGAAGUUGUGGUUGAUGUCUCUUGCCGUGACUCUGUGACAGUCAGAGCAGGCCAGAUAAUCAGUUUGAUUACUAGAGUAAAAGGAAGACCAGAUCCCGAGAUCACGUGGACAAAGGAUGCCAGAGCUGUGUCGCGAGAUAAGCGCACUGAAAUCAAUAGCAUCCACCCUGUCUGUGAGCUGAUUAUUAAUGAUUCAGUCAGGUCAGAUUAUGGAAAGUAUUCCAUUGUUGCCAAGAACAGCAGUGGACAGGCUCAGGCUACUAUUUUGGUCAAUGUCUUAGACACACCAGGACCUUGCCAAAACUUAAAAGUGGCAUAUGUGACAAAGAAAUCUUGCAUGGUCUCCUGGGAAAACCCUGAGGACAACGGAGGCACUGAGAUUACUCAGUAUACCGUUGAAUGCCGUCAGCCAAGCCAAAGAGGGUGGACAGUAGUCUCCAAUGACUGGACCAAGCGUUUGAUAAAAGCUCCUCUUACUGAGGGGUGCGAAUACUUCUUCCGUGUGAGUGCUGAAAAUAAGAUAGGAGUUGGGCCAUCCAUAGAGACAAAGUCACCAGUUUUGGCCGUCGAUCCUAUUGAAAAACCCGGGGAACCCAUUGAUUUCCAUAUAUCUGAGAUUGGAAAGACUUUCUGCUUCUUAAAAUGGAAGAAACCUGAUUAUGAUGGUGGUAGUCGAAAUAUAGGUUAUCAUAUUGAAAAGAAACCAAAGGAAGCUGAAGAGUGGGAGAGAAUUCAUAAGGGUGCAAUCAAGGAGACCUACUUUAUGGCCGAUAGGUGUAUCGAAAAUCAAAUCUACCAGUUCAGAGUCCAGACUAAGAAUGAGGGAGGUGAAAGUAAUUGGGUGACCACAGGAGAAGUACUUGUUAAGGAACAGCUGGUGGAGCCGGAAGUAAAGGUUAAACUCGAGGCAACCCUUGUUGUGAGGGCAGGAGAUUCAAUUGCAAUAGAAGCAGCAGUGAAGGGCAAGCCUCAGCCGGAUGUCAAAUGGACGAAGGAUGAAAGCACAGACGAAAUCAAGAAAGGCCCAAGACUUCAACUCGAAACUGGUGUAGACUUUUCUAAAUUGCUGAUUACAGGUGCUAGACGAACAGACAGUGGCAAAUACAUCAUCACUGCCUCCAAUAGUGCAGGAACCAGCUCCGCUACAGGCACUGUGAAUGUGCUGGACAGACCUGGUCCCGUAAGGAACCUCAAACCGUCCGAUAUAACCACAGACAGGUGCAGUCUACACUGGGAUGUUCCUGAAGAUGAUGGUGGUUGUGAUAUAUACAACUACAUUAUUGAAAAAUGUGAGACCAAGAGAGGGGUCUGGUCUGUUCAUUCUAAUGCCGUCAUUACCAAUAAGGCGAAAGUAACCCGACUAAUUGAGGGUAAUGAGUACAUCUUCAGGGUUCGUGCAGAGAAUAAAAUGGGUCCUGGACCAGCAGUUCAAACUGAGUCUAUAGUUGCCGGCACCCAGUUCAAUGUCCCUGAUGCCCCCGAAUCACCAGAAGUAACAAAGAUCAGCAAAGAGGAAAUGACAGUACAAUGGUCAGAGCCUGAGAAGGAUGGUGGGAAACCAAUCUUGGGUUAUCUUUUGGAAAAGAGAGAAGAGCAUGCUGUUAGGUGGUCGCCUGUCAACAAAGAUCCAAUCCCUGCAACUCGUUUCACAGUCACUGGACUGUUGCCUCUCCAUGAUUACCAGUACAGAGUUAAGGCUGUCAAUGAAAUCGGCAUUGGUGCUCCGAGCAAGGCUUCUCGUGCAAUCACUGCAAAGGAUGCAGUUGAGCCUCCUGCACCACCUACCAACUUAAAGGUUGUGGACAGCACAAAAUCAACAGUUACCCUGGGUUGGACCAAGCCUGUGUCUGACGGGGGAGCUCCUCUCAUUGGAUAUGUUGUGGAGAUGAGAGCACAGGGCAGUGCAAAGAAAGGAGAUGAUGGCUGGAGGAGAUGCAAUGUAGCGGCACAACUUAUUGUGUGCGAGUUUACAGUCACAAGCCUUGAUCAUAAUCUAGUGUAUGAAUUCAGAGUGUCAGCCCAAAAUCAGGUGGGCAUGAGCCUGCCCUGUGACCUAGAGGGCGCCGUGAUUCCAAGGGAGAUUCUAGAGGCACCAGAGAUCGACUUGGAUGCCAACCUGAAGCAGGGCCUGACAGUUCGAGCUGGUUGUCCCAUUAGACUUUGUGCCACUAUUAGAGGCAGACCACAUCCUACAGUCACUUGGAGGAGAAUGGGUAUCGAUAAUGUGGUUAGGAAGGGCAAAGUGGACAUCAUAGACACAAUGACCUUCCUGGUCAUUCCUGAUAGCACCCGUGAUGACUCUGGAAAAUACUGCCUGACUCUACAGAGCCCUGCAGGAGAAAAGGCUGUGUUUGUCAACGUCAGGGUUCUAGAUACCCCUGGACCUGUAAUGAAUCUUGAAGCUACAGACAUUAAGCAGACUUCAGUCAUGUUAACCUGGAAUCCUCCAGAAAACAACGGCGGCAGUGAGGUGAUACACUACAUCGUUGAAAAGCGAGAGAUCGACCGCAAGACAUGGGCAACUGUUAAGACUGAACUUCAGCCGGAUAAGAUUCCUGUCAAAGUCAGCGGUCUGACACCUGGCACUGAAUAUUACUUCAGAGUCACUGCUGUCAAUGAGUACGGCUCUGGUGUUCCUAAAGUCACGCCUACUUCCUACCUGGCGUCUGAUCCUGUCAGCAAGCCAGACCCUUGUCAGAAGAUUGAAGUGUUAGAAAUAACCAAGAACAGUGCGAUGAUUGGCUGGACGAAGCCUGAAAGAGAUGGAGGAGCCAAAAUUGAUGGUUAUGUUAUUGAAUAUAUUGAAGUGAAACCUCCACCAGAGCCACCAGCCCCUGUUGAGUUAGCCGAAGGUGAAGAAGCUCUUCCACUGCCUCCGCCACCCCCAGUUGUGGAGGAAGAAGAGGAAGAUGAAGGUGAAAAAGAAGUCUGGAACGCUUACACCACAGUUAAAGGUUUAACAGUCAGCAUCAGUGGUCUGAAGGAGGGCAAGAGGUACAAGUUCAGAGUGGCUGCCAAGAACAUCAUGGGCAUGAGUUCAUUCACUGAAACAAGAGAGCCAACUGAAAUCAAGGAACAGAUGGUGGAGCCAAAGAUUGUUAUGCCAGAAACUGCUAGUGCUAGAGCUGGAGCCAAGCUCAGAGUGGAGGCGCUGGUUUCAGGAAAACCUGUUCCCACAUGCAAGUGGACACGUGGUGAGAAAGCAGUGGUCCCAUCCAGCCGUUUAGCUGUGCACCAAUCUGGCAACCUAUGCGUCCUUAUCAUCAAAGAUGUUACAAGGAAUGACAGUGGAGAAUACAGUCUUAUUGCGGAAAACAGUACUGGACAAGUUUCCCAAGGAAUAAAGAUUGUAAUUCGAGACAUCCCUGGUCCUCCUGAAGGCCCUGUGGAAAUCAGUGACAUUGACUCUGAUGCUUGUUCCCUGUCCUGGAACAAACCUCUCGAGGAUGGUGGCAGCAAUAUUACAAACUAUGUUAUUGAGAAGUGUGACGUGACCAGAGGCGACUGGGUGACAGCGCUCUCCUCAUGCGCUAAGACUAGUUGCAGACUUGGGAAACUUAUUCCUGGAAAGGAAUUUGUUUUCCGCAUCCGUGCUGAAAACCGGUUCGGUGUGUCAGACCCUCUUCAGUCAGAAAGGAUGGUUGCAAAGUUCCCCUUUGAUGUACCAAGCGAGCCACUAAACUGUCGUGUUAACAAGACCAACAAAGACUGUAUGUUUGUUGCGUGGGAUAAACCAGAGACAGAUGGGGGCAGUCCCAUCACAGGGUACUACAUCGAACGUAAAGAGAGGAACAGCCUUCUUUGGGUGAAGGCAAAUGACACGGUGGUCCGGACCACUGAAUACCCCUGUGCGGGUCUCAUUGAAGGCCUGGAGUAUACCUUCAGAGUUUCAGCCAUUAACCGUGCUGGUCAGGGCAAACCAAGCAAGAAGACAGACUUUGUCACUGCAAGAACACCCGUUGACACUCCAGGUAAUCCUGAAGUACUAGAUGUAACCAAGAACUCUGUCAGUUUGGUUUGGACCCGUCCUAAAAAUGAUGGAGGAAGCAAGAUCAUAGGUUAUUAUGUUGAGGCUAUGCGCGUGCCAGGAGACACCUGGAUACGUUGCAAUACCAGCAGUCAGAACGUCCCCAGGGAGGAGUACACCGUGACAGGACUGGAAAGAGACCUUCAGUACCAGUUCAGAGUCACAGCUAAAACUGCAGUGAACAUGAGCAAGCCCUCAGAACCUACUGACCCAAUCCUGGUCUGUGCUGAGAAUGUUCCACCAAGGAUUGAACUUAAUGCCAAGAUGCAAAAAGCUCUAAUGGUCAAGGCUGGAGCCACAAUCCUGUUGGAAGCAGAGGUGUUUGGUAAACCAAUGCCAAGAGUCACUUGGAAAAUAGGUGAUCAUACCCUGAAGUCAGGGGAAGGCCAGGUCAUUAAACAGCAGAGACAUCACUUCCAGGUAGAGAUACCUGACUGCACCAAAGAGCACACAGGAACCUAUACAGUGCUGGCAGAGAAUGCAAGUGGCUCUAAGGCUGCAGAGAUCAUAGUCAAUGUACUGGACGUGCCAGGGCCCCCUGCCUGUGCUAAAUAUGAAGAGGUGUUAGCCUCCAGCAUUAAGCUGUCUUGGCAGCCUCCUCUAAAGGAUGGCGGCUCUCCUAUCAGCAACUACAUCGUGGACAAGCGUGAAACCAGCAGAACCAACUGGGCCCAAGUUUCAGCGAAGAUAAAGGGGGACAUACUGGAAUUUAUUGUGGAGAAAUUAAUUGAGGGUCGCGAAUAUCAGUUCCGAAUUCGCGGUGAAAAUGCGUGGGGGGUCGGAGACCCAUUUAUCACCAAUCCAGUCAUUGCCAAGAACCCUUUCAAUGUGCCUGGUCCAUGUGAAGCCCCUGUGAUCACCAAUGUUACCAAAGACGGCAUGACUGUGAGCUGGAAGGAACCUGCGGAUGAUGGAAAGUCCCCUAUUCUGGGCUAUGUGUUAGAAAAGAAGGAGACUAAGGAGAUGAAAUGGAACAAGGUGAACAGAAAACCGCUAACAGAGCGGACUCUAGAAGUAACAGGUCUGACAGAGGGUGUUGAGUAUGACUUCAGAGUUACUGCGGUGAACAUAGCUGGGCUAGGGAAACCAAGUGAACCCUCUGCAAGCACCACUGCACAGAACCCUAUCACUCCUCCCGGACCUGUCAUAAACCCCAAUGUCACAGAUACCUCCAACAGCACAAUCAGUCUAACCUGGUCUGCGCCAGCUAAUGAUGGUGGAAGUCCCAUUAUCGGAUACUUGGUGGAAUGCAAGAGAAGCAACACCUCUGACUGGAUCCGCUGCAAUGUCCCCAGGAACCUGCAGGACACCAGCUACAUCAUUCAGAACCUUAUUGACAAAGCAGAAUACCAAUGUCGCAUAACUGCUGUUAAUAAAGUAGGAUUUGGUGAGCCAGCAGAAAUCCCAGGCAAACACGUUGCAAAGGAUAUUAUAGUUGCUCCUGAAGCUGAGCUGAGUGCUGAGCUGAAGGAGGUCCUGGAGCUAAAUGCUGGCACAAACAUGAGGCUGUAUGCUACCAUCAAGGGCCGCCCUACUCCCAAGGUCACCUGGGCAAAGAUGAACACCAACAUUAAGGACCGUCAGGGCAUCGUCAUUAAAUCUAGCAGCACUGACACAAUGGUUAUGGUGGAGAAGGUCAACAGAUAUGAUGCUGGAAAAUACAUUCUGUCUCUAGACAGCCUGGCUGGCAUGAAGAUGUACACCAUUGUUGUCAAAGUUUUUGAUACGCCUGGACCACCAGUCAACUUGAUAGUGAAAGAGACAUCCAAAGACAGCGCUUACAUCCUCUGGGAUGCCCCUCUCAUUGAUGGCGGUUUUGAUAUUACCCACUACAUAGUGGAGAAACGGGACACUGAAAGAAAGGCCUGGUCUGUUGUCUCCAACAACUGCACCAAGACUUCCUUUAAGGUCCCAGACCUGGAUGCCGGGCGGUCCUACUGCUUCAGAGUAUCAGCCGUCAACCAGCUCGGUACCGGAGAAACGUGUGAAACAGCCGAUGCUGUCAGAGCAACAGAGGAGCCUGGACCUGUAAUGGACUUCAAAACAUUACUGGUGACCAAAGACUCGUGUACUCUCAGCUGGAAAAAGCCCCUCACUGACGGUGGAAGUCGCAUCAUCUGCUAUGUACUUGAGGUUCUUAAUGGCGAUGACAAAUACAAGGAGCUUAUGAGGUCCAAGAACAUGCAGUACAGUGCCAAGGACCUUGUGGAGGGUAGAGAGUAUACAUAUCGGGUCAAAGCAGUCAAUGAUUCAGGAGAAAGUUCUGCCAAGGAGCUCACUGUUAUUGCUAAGGACCAAAUUAUUCCUCCAAGUUGUGACUUAAGAGAGUUACCCAACAUGUGCUACAUUGCCAAAGAGGGCAGCACAGUACGUCUGAAGAUUCCAGUAGGUGGCAAGCCGACUCCCAAGGUCUCCUGGAAAAAGGGAGAUGAUGAAGAUUUGACAGACACUGGCAGAGUCUGUGCUGAGUCAUCUGCAGUCAACACCACCCUCCUAAUCAGGGACUGCCAGAGAACGGAUGCCUCCAAGUACACCAUCACCUUGAGAAAUAGUGGUGGCACCAAAGAGUCCACGAUCUUCAUCAGGGUGGUUGGUAAACCUGGCAUCCCUGUUGGACCAAUAAAAUUCAAAGAUGUUACCGCUGAUGGUGCUACACUUAAGUGGGGUGUUCCUAAGGAUGAUGGUGGCUCAGAGAUUACCAACUACAUCCUUGAAAAAAGGGACUCCGUCACCAACAUGUGGGUGAACGUUUCUUCCACAGUGGAGACCAAUUCAAUGAGAGUGACAGGCCUCCAUGAGGGCACGGAAUACAUAUUUAGAGUCAGUGCAGAGAACAAAUAUGGUGUUGGAGAGGGACUAAAGUCUGAGCCUGUGGUUGCAAAACAUCCUUUCAAUGUACCUGAUGCACCACCUCCUCCUCAGAUCAUGAGUAUGCGGCAUGAUUCUGCAUAUCUAGCCUGGUCUGACCCCAGAAAGACAGGAGGAUCUCCCAUUACAGGCUACCAUGUUGAGUUCAAGGAGAGGAACAGUAUGUUAUGGAAAAGGGCAAGUCCGUCUGCCUUAAAGAUGAAGGAACACAAGGUCACUGGACUAACUGAAGGAUUGGAGUAUGAGUUUAGAGUAAUGGCUAUCAACCUGGCUGGAAUCGGCAGGCCGAGUGCUCCAACUGAUCCGCAAGUGGCCCUAGAUCCCAUAGAUGCACCUGGUAAACCGGAUGUAAUCAGCAUUACUAGGAGCAGUGUGACCCUCCAAUGGACUGAACCUCAAUUUGACGGUGGACACAGGUUGACAGGAUACAUUGUAGAGAAACGGGAUUUGCCUUCAAAGAUCUGGGUAAAAGCCAACAAUGUGAAUGUUGUGGAACCUGCAUUUACUGUUGCUGAUCUCCAAGAGGGCUGCAAGUAUGAGUUCAGGAUCAGGGCUAAAAAUGCUGCUGGUGCCCUCAGUCCACCAUCUGAGCAGACAGAUACCAUUUUGUGUACAGACGAAUAUGCUGCACCAACCAUUACUAUUGAUGCUCACGUAAAGGAAGGUCUGACUGUCAGGGCUGGUGAUACGAUUGUUGUCACUGCAACAAGCAUUAUAGGAAAACCUGCACCAACAUCCUGCUGGUCAAAGGGAGGGAAAUACUUCAAACCCUCUGACCUUGUUCAAAUUGAAACCACUCAAACAUCAUCAACUUUGUCUGUAAAAUAUGCCAGCAGAAAGGAUUCUGGAGAAUAUAUCAUCACAGCCACCAAUCCAUUUGGUGUAAAGGAGGAAACCGUCAAGGUCAAAGUUCUAGAUGUCCCUAGUGCUCCUGGACCCAUUGAAUGCAGUGGUGUAUCCUCUGAAAAGGUGACUCUUACCUGGACAGCCCCUGCUGAAGAUGGAGGGUCAUCUAUCAAAUAUUACACCCUGGAGAAGAGGGAAACUAGUCGUUUGCUCUGGACAGUCCUCGAAGAGAAGGUCAUUGACUGCCACUAUGUGGCUAACAAACUCAUCCAGGGUAAUGAGUAUUUCUUCAGAGUCUCUGCCGUAAACCAGUACGGUGCAAGUGAGCCAUCUCACUCUGAAGCUGUCAAGAUGGUCGACAGAUUUGGUCCCCCUGGUCCACCAUCUAGACCAGAAGUAGAGAAAGUUGAUGGACAUUCAGUUACUUUGACCUGGAGAAGACCAGCUGAAGAUGGAGGAAGUGACAUUAUUGGUUAUAGUAUUGAGAAGAAGGAAAAGAAAGCGAUGCGUUGGGUUAGAGCAUCCAAGAAGUCGAUUGCAGAGCUCAGUUAUGAAGUCACGGGUCUCACUGAGGGUGUUGAGUAUGAGUUUCGUGUUCUGGCUGAGAACAAAGCUGGUUUUGGAGAGCCAAGUGAACCAUCUAUGGCUAUCAAAACAAUAGUUGCAGCCUUUGUUCCAGGACCGCCAGUCAAUCCAAGAGUUACCGACACAACUAAAACUACUGCUACGCUGAACUGGGGGAAACCUCUGGACAAUGGUGGACUUGAAGUCACUGGAUAUGUAAUUGAGCACAGAAAGGAUGGAACAGAAGAAUGGAUUAAGGAUACCCCGUCGUCUCCUCUCCGAAUCACAGAGUUUGUUGUUCCGGGCUUGGAAACUGGUGCUAAGUACCAUUUCAGAAUUAGUGCUGUAAAUGCCAAGGGAUCAGGUGAACCCGCUGAAACGCAGGAAUUGGUUGCAAUUGUAGAACAUGCUGCUGAACCUGAUCUAGAAUUGGAUGUUGAGCUGAGAAGGACCCUUGUUGUCAGAGCUGGUUGUUCGAUUCGUCUCUUUGUGCCUAUCAAGGGUCGUCCUGCUCCUACAGUCAAUUGGAGUAAAGAAGGUGGCCCUGUUCCACGUGCAGUCAUUGAUAGCACUGAAUCUUUCUCAAUGCUACUUAUUCCAGAGAGUUCAAGAAUCGAUGCUGGCAAAUAUGAGAUUACCCUUGAAAACUCAGCUGGUAAAAAAAGUGCUGAUAUUCAUGUUAGAGUUUUGGAUUCACCUGGACCUCCUCUUAACCUCAAACCAGUAAAGAUUGACAAAGACAGUAUCACGCUUCAAUGGGAUAUGCCUCUAAUUGAUGGAGGAGCCAAAAUCACAAAUUACAUAAUUGAGAAAAGGGAGUCAACACGCAAGGCGUUUGCUACUGCAAUUACAAAGUGCCCAACAACAUCAGUUAGAAUUAGCGACUUGGGUGAGGGCUGCGAAUACUACUUCAGAGUUUCUGCUGAGAAUGAGUUUGGCAUUGGGGAGGCAGUUGAAACCUCUGAUCCAAUUCGUGCAUCCCAAGCGCCUACUCCUCCAGAAAGCAUUAUUUCUACUGACAUCACAAAGAACUCAGUAAGCCUAGUAUGGACCAAACCCAAACAUGAUGGUGGAAGCAGAAUUUCUGGAUAUGUUCUAGAAGCCAAAAAGAAGGGAACAGACCAGUGGGCACAUGUUUCAACAGUGAAGACCUUGGACUUCACUGUGAAGAAUCUCAAUGAAAAUGAGGAGUAUAUUUUCCAUGUCAUGGCUGUUAAUCAAUCUGGCAGAAGUGCUCCUCGUGAGAGCAAACCCAUUGUUAUCAAAGAUUCAACAUCUCUACCUGAGUUUGACUUACGUGGUGUUUGUCAGAAAACUGUUAUUGCAAAAGCAGGGGAUGACAUUAAGGUUGAAAUCCCAGUCAUGGGACGUCCAAGGCCAACAGUUUCUUGGCAGAAGAAUGGAGCAGCCCUAAAACUCACACAGAGAAUCAAUGUAGAAUCUACUCCAGCUACUGUUAUCAUCAGCAUAAGUGACUGCAGUAGAGCUGAUAGUGGUGUUUACACAAUGACAGGGAAGAAUAUUGUUGGAACUACAACAGACAACAUAAUCAUCAAAGUACACGAUAUACCUGGACCACCAAAAGGACCAGUAAAGAUUGUAGAAAUAGCUCGCACCUAUUGUGUCUUUUCUUGGGAAGCUCCUGAUAAUGAUGGGGGUAUUCCAAUUACCAACUAUGUUGUUGAAAUUAGAGACACCACCUCCCAGACAUGGACUGAACUGUCAUCCACUGUCAUUCGUACAGUGUUCAAAGCCAUAAGGUUAACCACUGGAUCAGAGUACCAGUUUAGAAUAAAAGCUAAAAACAGAUAUGGUGUUGGACCUCCCAUCACAUCAGAGGCUGUAGUGGCUGCCUAUCCAUUCAAAGUACCCGGACCACCAGGAACUCCUAGUGUAGUUGCAUUCACCAAAGACUCAAUAACAAUUGGUUGGAAUGAACCUGUCUCUGAUGGUGGAAAUGAAAUAAUUGGAUAUCAUGUUGAAAGGAAGGAAAGGAGCAGCAUAAUAUGGCAUAAGAUCAGCAAUAGUCUUGUGAAAGGCAAUGUUUUUAAGUCAACAGGACUUGAAGAUGGAGUUGCUUAUGAAUUCCGUGUCUUGGCUGAAAACAUGGCAGGAAUUGGUAAACCCAGUAAAGCCUCUGAGGCAAUACUGGCCUUGGACCCUGUGGAUCCCCCAGGUCAGCCUGUUCCAAUUUUUGUGAACAACAAUGCCAUCACUGUUCAGUGGACAAAGCCUGCCUAUGAUGGUGGCUUUAAGAUUACUGGUUACACAGUGGAAAAGAGAGAAUUGCCUGCUGGUCGUUGGAUGAGAGCAAACUUUAUUAACAUUAUUGAGACAGCAUUCACAGUGAGUGGACUGACUCAGGACACCUCAUAUGAGUUCCGGGUAAUAGCUAGAAACUCAGCAGGAGCAGUAAGCAUACCAUCUGAACCAUCUGACCCAAUUAUUUGCAAAGAUGACAUAAUAGAGCCACGCAUUAUGGUUGAUGCCAUCUUCAAGGACACUGUUCUUCUUAAGGCAGGAGAGUCCUUUAAGCUUGAAGCUGAUAUUGCUGGUCAGCCAAUCCCAUCUAUGACUUGGACAAAGGAUGGAAAGGAGGUUGAGAACACAAUGAAGCGAGAGGUUAGGUUUACUGAACUAGCAACAGUUCUGACCAACAAGGACUCUGUUAGAGCAGAUGGAGGUGAAUUUGUUUUGACUGCCACUAAUGUUGGUGGAUUUGCAAAACAUGUCUUCAAUGUUAAAGUGCUUGAUAGACCUGGACCACCAGUUGGACCCCUAAAAGUGUCUAAUGUAACUGCAGACAACUGUGUACUAACCUGGGCCCCACCAACAGAUGAUGGUGGUGCAAAGAUCGAAGGAUAUGUAGUUGAGAAACGUGAAUCAAGUAGACUGGUUUGGACCAAUGUUAUUUCAGGGCUGCAGGUUACACAACACAAGGUAACCAAGCUUCUCAAAGGGAAUGAAUACAUAUUUAGAGUAAUGGCUGUAAACAAAUAUGGCCUUGGGGAAUCUCUGGAAUCAGAACCCACUAUUGCGGACAACCCAUAUGUGAAACCUGACCCUCCAGAAAAUCCUGAAGUGACAGCUAUUACUAAAGAUUCAAUGAUUGUAAUGUGGCAAGCACCUAAGAGUGAUGGUGGAACUCCAAUCACCAACUACAGUAUUGAAAGGAAAGACAGAGCUGGCCUCAGAUGGGUGAAAUGUAAUAUGAGAAAAGUCAAAGACCUGCAGUUCAAGGCAACUGGGCUUACUCCAGGACAUGAAUAUGAAUUUAGAAUAUUUGCUGAGAAUGCUGCUGGAGUGAGCAUAGCAAGUGUGCCCACUCUAUUUUACAGAGCUACUGAUGGGCUGUACAAGCCAGGCCCUCCAUGCAACCCCAGAAUUUUGGAUACUACCAAAUCUUCAAUUACUGUUGCCUGGAACAAACCCGUAUAUAAUGGUGGCUCUGAUAUAACUGGUUACAUUGUUGAGACAUGCAUCCCAUCUGAAAAAGAGGAAGAGGAGGAAUGGACCAUAGCAACACCUAAGGAAGGUCUCCUCGCAACUUCAUUUACCAUUACUAAUCUGAAAGAAAACCAGGAAUAUAAGAUUAAUAUUUCUGCCAUUAAUAGUGAAGGAGUUGGAGAGGCAGCAACUGUUCCAGGAAAUCCCAAAGCUGAGGACAGAUUGCUCCCUCCUGAAAUAGAUUUAGAUGCUGAGCUCCGCAAAGUGGUCAGUCUGAGGGCUUGCUGCACACUUAGACUGUUUGUCCCAAUAAGAGGCAGACCAGCACCUCAGGCUAUGUGGUCUAAAGGUGAAGGUGAAGCUGUAGAGAGGGCAACAGUUGACAGCACAUCUUCAUACACAUCACUUGUAAUUGAAAAUGUCAAUAGAUUUGACAGUGGAAAAUAUAACCUCACCAUUGAAAACUCAUCUGGCUCCAAAACAGUUACAGUCCAAGUCAGGGUUCUUGAUACACCAAGUGCCCCACAGAAUCUAAAAAUCACAUCUGUCACAAAGGAAGCUGUCUCUUUAACAUGGGACCCCCCAGUGAAUGAUGGAGGGGUCAAGAUUAAGAAUUAUAUAGUUGAAAAACGUGAGUCAACAAGAAAGGCAUAUGCCACAGUUAACUCCAACUGCCAUACUACCUCCUUCACAGUUGACCAGCUGCUAGAGGGGUGCAAUUAUUACUUUAGAGUCCUGGCUGAAAAUGAAUAUGGUAUUGGGUUGCCAAUUGAAAUGACUGAAUCAGUUAAAGUGUCAGAGAAGCCACAGCCACCUGGUAAAAUCACACUGAAAGAUGUCACCAAAAACAGUGUUACCCUAUCUUGGGAAAAGCCAGAACAUGAUGGGGGUAGCAGAAUUGGCUGUUAUGUUGUUGAGAUUCAGCCUAAAGGUGUGGAUAAGUGGACACAGGCUAUGAUAGUUAAAGACACAGAAGCAACUAUCAGUGGACUUAAUGCUGGUGAAGAGUAUAUGUUCCGUGUAGCAGCGAAGAAUGAGAAAGGAACCAGUGAACCUCGUCAAAUAGGUGUCCCUGUGAUAGUCAAAGAUCUCAUCAUUGCACCAGUUGCUAAAAUGCUGUUCAACACAUUCAGUGUGCUGGCAGGAGAAGAAUUGACAGUGGAGGUUCCAUAUGUGGCACGUCCAAAAGCAGCCGUUACUUGGAUGAAAGAUGGUCAGGGGCUGAAGAGAACUACCAGAGUCAACUUUGGGGCAACAGACACAAUGCUGAACCUUAACAUUAAAGAGGCCGCUAAAGAUGAUGUUGGCAGAUACAGUAUUACUCUUAGCAAUACAGCAGGGGAGACAACAAUAAAUAUUGGCAUUGUGGUUCUGGACAAACCUGGCCAGCCAAGGGGGCCUGUCAAAGUGGAGGAGGUCACUUCUGAUAGUAUUACAAUCUCCUGGAAUCCACCAGAGUAUGACGGUGGAUGUACCAUUAAAAACUACAUUGUGGAAAAAAGAGACACAUCCACAACCAAUUGGGUGGUAGUAUCUCAAAACAUUGCAAGAACACAAAUUAAGGCUGGCAGGUUGAAGACUGGCUCUGAGUAUCAGUUUAGGAUUGUUGCCGAAAACAGGUAUGGAAAGAGCCCAGCUCUUUCCUCUGAAAGUAUUGUUGCUCAGUAUCCAUACAAGCUCCCAGGACCACCAGGAACACCAAAAAUUGCAGCCUGCUCUAAGGACAGCAUGGUUGUAAUCUGGAAUGAACCUGUAAAUGAUGGCGGAAGUAAUAUCUUAGGUUACCAUCUUGAACGCAAAGAGAGAAACAGCAUCUUAUGGGUCAAACUUAACAAGUCUCUCAUAACGGAUCAAACUUUCAAGACCACAGGUCUGGAACCAGGAAUGGAGUAUGAAUUCCGAGUUUAUGCUGAAAACAUUGUAGGAAUAGGUAAAGCAAGCAAAGUAUCUGAAGGACAUAUUGCAAGAGAUCCUUGUGAUCCUCCAGGCACUCCAGAAGCAACAAAGAUCACUAAAGACUCCAUAACCAUUGUUUGGACAAAGCCUGAAUAUGACGGUGGUGCAAAGGUAACUGGUUACAUUGUUGAAAAGAAGGAGCUUCCUGAGGGUCGUUGGUUAAAGGCAAAUUUCACAAAUGUCAUUGAGACUGAAUAUGUUGCAACUGGACUUGUGCAGGAUAAAGAAUAUGAGUUUCGGGUUAUUGCCAGAAAUGCGGCUGGUGUCUUUAGUCUUCCUUCAUACAGCACUGGCCCUAUUACCGCCAGGGAUGAGAUUGAACCACCACGGAUCAGCAUUGAUCCUGAAUACACACAGACGCUUGUGGUUAAUGCUGGAGAAAACUUCAAAAUUGAUGCUGAUGUUCAUGGAAAGCCGUUGCCUUCUAUUCACUGGCUGAGGGGAGAACAGGAACUCAGCAACACUAUUCAUAGAGAAAUUAAGAACACACCGACUAAAGCUUUCAUGUUUGUAAAGGAAUCUAAACUUUCAGAUGGAGGCCAAUACACACUGUUGCUAAGAAAUCCAGGAGGAGAGAAAGCUACUCAAAUCAAUGUUGUCAUUCUUGAUAAACCUGGGGAACCACAAGGGCCUCUUGUUGUUACAGGAGUAACCAAAGACCAUUGUUCUCUUGCAUGGAAACCACCAAUUCAAGAUGGUGGUAGCAAAAUAUCUCACUAUAUCGUUGAGAGAAGAGAGACAAGCCGGCUUGUUUGGACUGUUGUUGAUCCAAAAGUACAAAAUAUUUGUCUCAAAGUAAAUAAGCUUCUUGAAGGAGAUGAAUAUAUCUUCAGAGUUCAUGCCGUUAAUCAGUUUGGAGUGGGUGCACCACUUGAGUCUGCUCCUGUUAUAAUUAAAGAUCCAUAUGUUCUACCUGGAACACCAAAAAAUCUGGAAGUUUCAGAUGUUAAAAAGGAUUCAAUGGUGCUCAGCUGGGAAGCUCCUUCUGAGGAUGGUGGAUGUCCAAUUACUGGAUACAUAAUUGAGAAGCAUGACAAAGAAGGAGUGAGAUGGACAAGAUGCAACAGGCAAACAGUUACAGAUCUGACUUUUAAAGUAACUGGACUCUUGGAAAGUCAUAUUUAUGAAUUCAGAGUUGCUGCUGAAAAUUCAGUGGGCAUUGGUGAGCCAAGCACCCCAACUGUUUUCUACAAAGCUCUUGAUCCCAUCUUCCGACCAGGCCCACCACAAAACCCCAAGGUCACUGACACAACAAAGUCAUCAGUAUUUCUGUCAUGGGGGAAGCCUGUAUGUGAUGGAGGCUGUGAAAUUCAGUCAUACAUUGUUGAGUGUAGCAUUGCUACAGAGCCAGUGGUGCAACCUGAUGCCCCAGAUGAAUCAGUCUCUGCCACCGAUGUAUCUGCUGAGGAAUGGAUAAUUUGCACUCCCCCAACAGGUGUAAAGACAACUAAAUUUGAAGUAAAAAAUUUGAAGGAAAACCAGGCAUACAAAUUUAGAGUGUGUGCCAUAAACAAGGUAGGAGUGGGUGAACAUGCAGAUGUCUCUGGAGCUGUGGUUGCGCAGGAUAGGACAGAGGAACCAGAUCUUGACAUUGACCCAGAACUUAGAAAGAUUGUGACCAUCAAAGCUGGUGCUUCCCUUAGACUAUUUAUCCCCAUUAAAGGAAGACCCACUCCUACUAUUAAGUGGGACAAAGAUGAAGCACCCCUCAAAGAGACUGCUCAGGUUGAAAUAACCAGCAGUUAUACAUCACUUGUUAUUGAUAAAAUGAGCAGAAAUGACAGUGGAAAAUAUACAGUUACUGCUCAGAACUCCAGUGGAACCAAGUCUGCAUUUGUUGUUGUCCGUGUCCUAGAUACACCCAGUGCCCCUGUUGAUCUUAAAGUAGAGGAGAUUACAAACCAGUCAGUAACACUGGCAUGGAAGCCACCUCUUUUAGAUGGUGGGUCCAAAAUCAAGAAUUACAUUAUUGAAAAGAGAGAAAGCACUCGUAAAACGUAUGCAGCUGCUGUAACAAAUUGUCAUACUCUUUCCUGUAAGAUUGAAUCCCUCCAAGAAGGCUGUAGUUACUACUUCAGAGUCCUUGCUGAAAAUACUUUUGGUGUUGGCCUACCAGCAUCAACAGUAGACCCUCUUAAGGUUUCAGAAGUGCCCCAAUCUCCAAGGAAUUUGAUUGUUACAGAUCAGACAAAAACAAGCAUCUCCUUGGCAUGGGAGAGGCCAGAAUAUGAUGGUGGGAGCAGAGUUCAAAAAUACCUGCUUGAAGUAAAGUUGAAGGGCCAGGAUAAAUGGUCUGCUGUAAACACAUUUAAGACAAUGGAAACUACAGUGUCCAAACUGAACCCAGGAAAUGAAUAUCUCUUUCAAGUUACUGCAAUCAACGACAAAGGAAAGAGUGACCCAAGGGUUCUUGCUGGUCCAGUGAUGACCAAGGAUCUAGUCUUUGAGCCAGAUAUCCGUCCUGCAUUCAGCAGUUACAGUGUUCAUGUUGGUAAAGACAUGAACAUUGAUAUUCCCAUCUUUGGACGCCCUAAACCAACAAUUGUAUGGACCAAGGAUGGAGCCCCUUUGAAGUUUACCACCAGAGUCAAUAUUCACAAUACAUCCACACAUACAACUUUAAGCAUUAAGGAGGCAGCAAGUGAUGAUAUUGGUAUGUAUACCAUAACUGCCACUAACUCAGCAGGAAAGAAAGAAAGUGCAAUCGAAAUAAUUGUACUUGACAAACCUGGUCCUCCAUCUGGUCCAGUGAGAUUUGAUGAAAUCACAACGCAAAGUGUAACAAUUUCAUGGGACCCACCGAAAUACAUUGGUGGAUGCCAAAUCUCAAACUACAUUGUACAAAAAAGAGAUACUAAUGCAACAACAUGGGAGAAUGUGAGCAGUAACUGUGCUAGAACAACCAUCAAAGUUUCUAGACUAAAGACUGGAGCUGAGUACCAGUUCAGGAUUAUUGCACAGAACCGCUAUGGAAAGAGUCAAGGUCUAGAUUCAUCAGCAGUAGUGGCUCAAUAUCCUUACAGAGAACCAGGCCCACCAGGUACUCCCUUUAUCACUUCUCUCUCCAGAGACCACCAAAUUGUUGAGUGGCAUGAGCCUAUAACAGAUGGAGGUAGUCCUGUUUUGGGUUACCAUCUCGAAAGGAAGGAGAGAAAUAGUAUUCUCUGGGUCAAGAUUAACAAGACACUUAUUCAUGGAACUACUUUCAAGAGUCAUCCUUUGGACGAGGGUAUCGAAUAUGAAUAUAGGGUUUAUGCUGAAAAUAUUGUUGGUAUCGGCAGAAGCAGUAAGAUUUCAGAGGGCUGCUUUGCUCGUGACCCAUGUGAUCCCCCUGGCACACCAGAGGCCAUCCAUGUGACCAAAGAUAGUAUUGUUAUUCAGUGGACUAAACCUGAAUAUGAUGGAGGCAGUAAUAUCACCGGCUACCUUAUAGAAAAACGAGAUCUGCCAGAAGGCAGGUGGGUGAGGGCAAACUUUACAAAUGUGAUAGAGACCCAAUUUACUGCUACUGGUCUUACUGAAAAUGCACAGUAUGACUUUAGAGUUUUUGCUAAAAAUGCUGUUGGGACAGUCAGCAAGCCAUCAUACAACAGUGGACCUAUCAUAGCAAGUGACAAUGUUGAGGCCCCUAAGUACUCAAUCGAUCCUGCCUUUACCAAAACUGUUAUAAUAAAUGCUGGAGAGACAUUCAAGUUGGAUGCAGAUGUCCAUGGUAAGCCACUACCUUCAAUCCAGUGGUUUAAGGAUGAUAAGCCUAUUGAGAAUACAAUCAGGCUAGAGAUCAAAAACACAGAAAACCAUGCAAUGAUCAUGGUCAAGGACUGUGUUAGAGUUGAUGGUGGAACUUACACCCUUCUGCUGACCAAUGGAGCUGGCAGUGAAACUGUUCCAUUUAAGGUUUUGGUCCUGGAUAAGCCUAGUCCAUGUGAAGGACCUCUCCAUGUCACUGGAGUAGCUGAGGACAGAUGCACACUGGCAUGGCGGGCACCAUUACAUGAUGGAGGUAGUGCUGUUACACAUUAUAUCAUUGAGAGGAGAGAGACAAGUCGUCUAGCUUGGACUCUUGUUUCUAACACUUGUAACACCACAUGCUACAAAGUUACCAAAUUACUGGAGAGCAAUGAGUAUAUCUUUCGGGUAAUGGCAGUUAACCAUCAUGGAGUCAGUGAGGCACUUGAGUCUGAUGCAGUUACUAUGAGGAAUCCAUUCAUUCCACCUGGUUCACCUCACAUUGAAGAUGUAUCCAACAUUGCCCAUGAUGGCAUGACUAUAACUUGGUCUGCUCCUGAAACUGAUGGUGGCAGUGAGAUUAUCAGUUAUAUAAUUGAAAAGAAGGACAGAGCUGGAAUCAAGUGGACCAGAUGUAACAGACAAAAAGUUACUGAUCUAUCAUACAGAGUUACAGGCCUAACCACAGGCCAUGAGUACGAAUUCAGGGUAUCUGCUGAAAAUAUUGUAGGAAUAGGAGAACCAAGCCUUCCAAGUUCAUAUUACAAGGCAUCUGAUCCGAAGUACAAACCUGGUGCUCCAACAUAUCUUAAUGUAAUUGACUCCACAAAAACCUCCAUUACAGUUUCUUGGGGAAAGCCUUUGACUGAUGGAGGUAGUGCCAUUCAAGGCUACAUUGUUGAAGUAUGCCAAGCUGAAAAGGAAGAAUGGGCAAUGGUUACCCCCCCUACUGGCCUACGUGUUAACAAGUAUGAGAUUCCCAAACUUACUGAGGGCCAGGAGUACAAAAUUCAAGUUUGUGCUUUGAACAAAAUGGGAGUUGGUGAACCAGUUGUUCUUUCUGGAACAGCGAAACCAGAGGAAAGGACAGAUCCACCACAAAUCCAUCUUGAUUCUGAGCUGAGAAAAGGCAUCACAAUAAAAGCUGGUGGAUCUGUAAGAAUUUAUGUUCCUUUUAAGGGAAGGCCAAUACCAGAAAUUAAAUGGACAAAGGAUGAUGGAGAUCUUUCUGAGAAGGCUGUGGUUGAGAAAGCAGUGAAUUUCACGCAACUCUCUAUUGACUGUUGUGACAGACAUGACUCAGGAAAAUACACCUUAAGCUUAACCAAUAGCAGUGGCUGUGUCUCUGAAUUUGUUUCUGUAAAAGUGCUGGACACACCUGGAUCCCCACAGAACCUUGUUGUUAAAGAUAUCAGAAAGGAUUCUGUUACUCUUGUAUGGGACGCACCAGUGAUUGAUGGAGGUUCAAAAAUCAAGAAUUAUGUCAUUGAUAAGCGUGAAUCGACCAGGAAAGCAUAUGCAAAUGUUUCAACAAAAUGCACCAAGACAACAUUUAAGGUUGAAAAUUUAAUUGAAGGAGCUAUGUACUACUUCAGAGUCAUGGCUGAGAAUGAAUAUGGAAUAGGUCAGGCUGUAGAAACAAAAACUGCUUCAAAGGCGUCUGAAGUACCACUCCCUGUUGGAAAAGUUUUCCUUACAGAUGUCACCAAAAACAGUGCCACUCUGGCCUGGGAGAAACCUGAACAUGAUGGUGGCAGCAGGAUUGGUGGCUACCUCAUUGAGAUGCAGCCUAAAGGCACAGAUAAGUGGGGAGUUGCAGCAAACCCAAAGACUUGUGAGGGAACUGUUGUAGGCCUAACGGCAGGAACAGAAUACUUGUUCAGGAUCAUUGCAUACAAUGAGAAAGGAAAGAGUGAGCCAAAGGCACUUGCUGCUCCAGUGAUUGCAAAUGACAUGACCAUAGAACCAAGCAUCAAGAUGCAAUUUAAUACUUACAGUGUGUUAGCUGGAAAAGAUCUUAAACUGGAGUUCCCUGUACUCGGCAGGCCCAAACCAAAAGUCAGCUGGACAAAGGAUGGCCAGGCUUUAAAAGUGACAUCAAGAGUUAAUGUUUUUAACACUCCAUUAACAACCGGAAUUCAGAUUACGGAGGCCUGCAAAGAUGACUUUGGCAAAUAUUCUCUUACUGCAACAAGCACUGUCAGCACCAUCACAGAAGAUAUAACUAUUAUUAUCCUGGACAAGCCUGGUCCACCAAAGGGUCCAGUCAAAGUGGUGGAAGUGAGCAACACUUUUGUCCAUCUGUCAUGGGAGCCCCCAGUUUACACUGGUGGUUGUCAAGUUAAGAACUAUAUUGUGGAAAAGAGAGAUACCACCACCCAAACCUGGCAGACAGUUGUUACACAGCUAGCCAGAACAGCUUUCAAGGUAACAAAGUUAAAGACUGGUGCCGAAUAUCAGUUUAGAAUCAUAGCUGAAAACAGAUAUGGAAAGAGUGCGGCACUUGACUCCAAGGCUAUUGUAGUACAGUAUCCUUACAAACCACCAGGGCCUCCUGGAACACCACGUGUUAAAUCUGCAACUAAGGAAAUGAUGAUCAUUGAAUGGAAUGAGCCAGUCACUGAUGGUGGAAGUGCAAUUAUUGGUUACCAUCUAGAAAGUAAAGAGAGAAGUAGUAUCCUCUGGAACAAGCUAAACAAGACUCGUAUUACAGAUACUCAGUUCAAGACCUGCAAUCUUGAGGAGGGGAUUGGUUAUGAAUUCAGAGUGUAUGCUGAAAAUAUUGUUGGUAUUGGCCGCUGCAGUAAGGUCUCAGAGUCCUUUGUUGCCCGUGAUCCAUGUGAUCCUCCUGGUGCUCCAGAAGCUGUAUCUAUUAGUAAAAAUCAAAUAAAAAUUCAGUGGACGAAACCUCAGUAUGAUGGUGGUAGUAAAGUUAAUGGAUACAUUGUAGAGAUUAAAGAUCUCUCUUCACCUGAGGAUCGCUGGAUAAGAUCCAACUUUACUAACAUAAUUGAGACUGAGUAUACAGUUACUGGUCUGACAGAGAAUGCGCAGUAUGAAUUCAGAGUUAUUGCAAGGAAUGCUGCCGGAGUCUUCAGUGAACCAUCAGACAGCUCUGGACCUAUAACUGUAACUGAUGAAAUUGAAGCACCAAGGGCCUCAAUGGACCCCAAAUACAAGGAUAUAAUUGUUGUUAAUGCUGGGGAGACUUUGAUUUUUGAUGCAGACAUUUAUGGCUCUCCACAACCUGAGGUCGUCUGGCUUAAAGAGGGCAAAGAAAUGGAGAAAGCUAGGCGCAUUGAAGUUAAAACUACACAGAAACUUUCGGCUAUGACCAUAAAGGAUGUUACUAAACUGGAUAGUGGUCAUUAUGACCUUGUUCUCAAAAAUCUUGGUGGUACAAAAACCUUCCCCAUCACUGUUAAAGUCCUUGACAAACCAGGACCACCCUUUGGACCCAUUAAAGUGACUGGAGUCAUGGCUGACAGAUGCAUUCUGUCCUGGUCUGAACCAGCUCUGGAUGGUGGAGCUAGUAUCAGCCACUAUGUUUUGGAGAAGAGAGAAACGAGCAGGUUGUCCUGGACCAUAGCUGCACAAAAUGUAAAAAGCCUGUACCAUAAAGUCACAAAUUUACUUCCAGGAAAUGAGUACAUUUUCAGAGUAAGGGCAGUCAACAAAUUUGGUGCUGGUGAUUAUCUUCAGAGUGAACCUAUUAUUGCACGCAAUCCAUACAAACCACCAAGUGCUCCUGGAACCCCCGAAGCAAGUCAAAUCACAAGGGACUCCAUGGUUCUAUCUUGGACAGCUCCAGAAAACAAUGGUGGAGUUGACAUUCAAGGCUAUCACCUUGAAAAACGUGACAAAGAUAGUGUGAGAUGGACAAAAUGCAACAGGCAAAUUUUGAAAGACACACACUUCAAGGUCACUGGUCUUAUGCCCGAUCACUUUUAUGAGUUCCGCGUUGCUGCUGAGAAUGAGACUGGAAUAGGGGACCUGAGCGAACUGUCCCUUUUCUAUAGAGCAUGUGAUGCCACAACACCGCCUGGACCUCCACGCCACCCAAAAGUGACAGAUUACACAAAGUCUUCUGUGUGUCUUUCCUGGGGAAAACCUAACUUUGACGGUGGAGCAUACAUCAAGGGAUACAUUGUUGAAAUGAGAGAGUAUACACCACAACCUGAAUUAACUGAGGAAGCAGAAGUUGCACCAGCAAUAGAGGCACCCGUUGAAAAAGAAUGGACCAUGUGUACGCCACCUACAGGUAUACAAGUCACUAAAAUCACCAUCACAGAUCUUAAGGAGGGUGGAGAAUAUCAGUUCCGUGUCUGUGCCAUCAACUCAGAAGGAGUUGGGGAGGCAGCUAAUGUUCAUGGCACAGUUGUAACCUCUGACAGAGCAGAUGCACCAGAGAUGGAGUUGGAUGCUGACCUAAGAAAGGUGGUGUCUGUCCGGGCUGGUGGAACACUACGUUUGUUUGUACCCAUUAGAGGGAGACCUAACCCAUCUGUGAAAUGGGAGAAACUUGAGAGUACUCUAACAGACCGUGCUGCAAUCGAUACUACUUCUUCAUACACCAUGCUUGUAAUUGACAAUGUAAACCGCUUUGACAGUGGGAAAUAUUCGUUAACAUUGGAGAACACCAGUGGCACAAAAUCGGCUGUCAUUUCAGUACGAGUGCUUGACACACCAAGUGCACCACAAAACUUUGCUGUUAAGGAGCUCAAGAAGGAUUCAGUCACUCUGGCCUGGGAUACACCAGUUAACGAUGGCGGUGCAAAAAUUACAAAUUACAUUGUGGAAAAGAGGGAGUCAGUGAGGAAGGCCUACACAACUGUGACUAGCAACUGCAUUGCAAACUCAUUCAAAAUUGAAGACCUGCCUGAGGGCGGAAAAUUCUACUUCAGAGUCUGUGCCGUCAAUGCGUAUGGUCAGGGGCAGACAGUUGAAACCAAAGAGAUCAAAGUAUCUGAAGUGCCUCAACCACCAAACAAGAUCUCUCUUGUGGAUGUAACAAAGACCAGUGUAUCCCUUGCCUGGGAGAAACCUACUCAUGAUGGUGGAAGCAAAGUCAUGUGCUACAAUGUAGAAUUCAAACCUAAGCAUGGUGACAAAUGGGGCACAGCAUGCACAGUCAAAGUACCAGAAGCAACUAUUCCAAAUCUGAAUCCCAAUGAAGCAUAUCUGUUCAGAGUUGUUGCAAUCAAUGAGAUGGGAAAAAGUGAGCCAAAGGAUCUUGGACUGCCUGUGGUUGCAAAAGAUAUUGCAAUAGAACCAUCAGUACAUUUAUUGUUUACAACAUAUAGUGUCAAGGCUGGGGAUGAUCUCACACUUGAAGUUCCCAUAAGAGGCAGGCCAAAGCCUGUUGUAUCAUGGAAGAAGGAUACCCUUCCAUUGAAGCAAACUUCAUCAGUAACAAUCAUUAAUACAGCAACCUCAUCUAAAAUCAUUUUUAAAGGAGCUAACAAAGAACAUGUUGGAAAAUAUGAAAUCACCUUGGCCAACACUGCUGGAACUGUAACAGCUAGUAUUGGAGUUGUUGUCCUAGACAAGCCAGGUCGACCUAAAGGUAUUAAGGUUGAUGCCGUUACUUCAGAUAGUAUUACACUAUCCUGGUCCCCACCAGAAUAUGAUGGUGGUUGCUCCAUCAGCAACUAUAUUGUUGAGAAGAGAGAUACAAACACACAAGAGUGGCAAAUGGUAGCAAGUAAUGUGGCUAGAACAUCAUUCAAAGCUGGUCGCCUAACGCAAGGGGCAGAGUAUCAAUUCCGCAUCUAUGCAGUUAACCGUUAUGGAAAGAGCAGCUCUCUUGAUUCUCCUGGAAUUACUGCUCAAUAUAACUUCAAACAGCCUGGACCUCCUUCAACUCCUAUUGUAAAACUGGCUACCAAGUCAUACAUGUUGGUGACCUGGAAUGAGCCAGUCACUGAUGGGGGAAGUCCUGUUCUAGGCUAUCAUUUGGAGAGGAAGGAACGUUCAAGCAUUCUUUGGACAAAGAUGAACAGAGGAAUGAUCAAAGACACAGAAUACAAAGUCAAUGGUAUUGAAGAGGGAAUGCUCUAUGAAUACCGUGUAUAUGCAGAAAAUAUUGCUGGUAUUGGUAAAUGCAGCAAGGCCUGUGAGGCUGUUGCAGCGAGAGAUCCCUGUGAUCCUCCAGGCACACCCGUGGUUACUGCUAUUACAAGAACAUCUGUAUCUUUGUCUUGGGAAAAACCAGAGUAUGAUGGCGGCUCAAAGGUUUCCGGAUACAUUAUUGAACGAAGGGACCUCCCUGAAGGUAGAUGGACAAGGUGUAACUUCACCAAUGUGCCAGAGACCCACUACAAUGCUACCGGCCUCACAGAAAACAGCCAAUAUGAUUUCCGUGUCAUUGCUAAGAAUGCAGCUGGACAGUUCAGUAUGCCAUCAUACAACACAGGCCCUAUUACUGUUAAAGAUGACGUAGAUCCACCACGCAUCAUGAUGGAUGUCAAGUUUAGAGAGACUGUGUUUGUGAAGGCGGGAGAAACUCUAAAGAUCAAUGCUGACCUUGCUGGACGUCCUGCCCCUGUCGUCUGCUGGACAAAAGAUGGCAAAGAGAUUGAGUUAAGAGCAAGGAUUCAGAUUGUUACCACAGAUACAAGCACUUCUGUCGUUGUAAAGGACUGUAUCAGGAGAGAUUCUGGACAGUAUUUGCUAACUCUACAGAACAUUGGUGGAAUAGUCACUAUGCCAAUAAACUGUGUGAUAAUUGAUAAACCAGCUCCCCCUGCAGGCCCUCUUCAGAUCACUGGUCUUACAGCUGAGGAGUGCACUUUGUCAUGGGGUCCUUCUCAAGAAACUGGUGGUGCUAAUAUCACACAUUAUGUUGUUGAGAAGCGUGAGACCAGUCGUUUGGCAUGGACAUUAGUUAAGGGUGAUGUCACAAAAACCUACUUUAAGGUCACAGGUCUACUUAAGGGCAAUGAAUAUAUCUUUAGAGUUCUAGCGGUUAACAAGCAUGGAGUUGGCGAGGCUCUUGAAAGUGAGGCUAUAAAAAUAACUGAUCCAUACACAAUUCCAGCUGCCCCAGUUGGUGUUGAUGUGACCUACAUAACAGGAGAUUCAAUGACCCUCACCUGGUGUAAGCCAGCCAGUGAUGGAGGCAGUCCCAUCAUUGGAUAUGUAGUUGAGCGGCGUGAGAAGACCGGCAUGCGAUGGGUCCGUGUGAACAGAGCUCUAGUUGAGGAGGUUACCUUGGUGGUGACAAAACUUCGCAAGGGUUGUGAGUAUGACUUCAGAGUCUAUGCUGAAAAUGCAGCUGGCCUGAGUCCUGCCAGUGAUCCAUCUGCAACCUUCAGAGCACUAGAUCCUCUGGUUGUUCCCUCUCGUCCAACCAAACCAAAGAUUAUAGAUUCAACCAAAGACACUGUCUCUAUCCUUUGGAAACCACCAACAAAUGAUGGUGGUACAGCCAUCUUAGGAUAUAGUGUGGAAUACAGAGAAUUUAUUCCUAAACCAGAGCCAGAAGAUGAGGAGGAAGAUGAAGAGGAAUAUGAGGAGGAAGAGGCACCUGAAUCGCCUGAAGAACUAGCCAGAUGGGUUGAGGCAAUUCCUCUUACCAAAAGCUUGGAAUUCACAGUCACGGGACUAAAGACAGAUGUAGAGUAUGAAUUCUGUGUAAAGGCAAUUAAUAAAAUUGGAAGCAGUGUGCGAAGCCCUUAUUCAGAUCCAGCUGCAGCAGCAGAUAGAACGUCAGAACCGUCUUUCGAUGCUGAUAUUGAGAUGCGUAAGGUUCUUGUAGUAAAACACGGAACAUCUUUUACCCUUAAUGUGCCAUUCAAGGGGAAACCAGCACCAUUGGUUGAAUGGAGCAGAGAAGGUGUAGAUCUAACAGCAAGAGGAAUGAUUGAAUCAACAGAAUCCAGCACAUCACUGACUAUUGAGAAGUCAACUAGGAAUGACUCUGGAGAGUACUGUGUCACUAUUGAAUCACCACUGGGUAAAGCAACUUUGCCAAUGGUGGUAAAAGUGCUCGACUCCCCUGGACCCCCAGUCAAUGUUAAAGUUUCAUCCGUAACCAGGGAUUCUGCAACACUGAUGUGGGAGGCUCCAGAAAACGAUGGUGGUGAUGCAGUAAAAGCCUACCAUGUUGAGAAACGUGAGGCAAGUAAGAAGGCCUGGGUGACUGUAACCAGCAACUGUCAUGCUUUGACCUACAAGGUGGAAGACUUGCAGGAGGGAGCUGUCUAUUACUUCAGAGUUAUAGCAGAAAAUGAAAAUGGAGUGGGUGUACCUCAAGAGGCCAAGGGAGGAACAAAGAUUACAGAGGUACCAAGUCCACCCAUGAAACUUGGAGUUGCAAAUGUUACCAAAGACAGUGUUACACUUGCCUGGACAAGACCAGAAUAUGAUGGUGGAAGCAGAAUCACUGGUUACCUGAUCGAUGCCGUGGAAAAGGGUCAGACCAAGUGGGUGAAGUGUGCAACUGUAAGGAACCUGACUCAUACCAUUAAGAAUCUGAGGGAAGGAGCUGAGUACUUCUUCAGAGUUCGUGCUGAAAACCAUGCUGGACUCAGUGAACCUAAGGAGAUGAUUGUUCCAGUUAUCGUCAAGGAAAUACAGGAGGCUCCAGAGUUUGACUUGAAGAACUAUCCCAAGAAUACAGUUUAUGUAAAAGCGGGAUCUGACCUGACUUUUGAGAUUCCUCUCACUGGCAAGCCCCUGCCAAAGGUGACAGUGUCCAAAAAUAAUGUUCUCAUCAAAGGAUCCAAGAGACUUCUGACUGAAGUAACUCCUGACAGCCUAAUUGUAUCUCUAAAAGAAAGCGUUUCAAGUGACGCAGGCAAAUAUGAAAUCACAGCCUCAAAUGCAGGAGGUACAACCAAGAUCUCGCUUAUUUUCAUCGUUCUGGACAGACCUGGACCUCCAGUUGGUCCAGUUCAGAUAGGAGAGGUCGGAGAGACCUCUGUUUGUCUAAAGUGGGAUUCUCCAGAAUAUGAUGGUGGCAGUCCUGUUACCAACUACAUUGUUCUAAAGCGUGAAACAAGUACUCCUGCUUGGGUAGAGGUGUCAACUAGCAUUGCUAGAAGUGCCAUCAAGGUGACUAAGCUAACCAAGGGAGAAGAGUAUCAGUUCAGAAUCAAGGCUGAGAAUCGCUAUGGUGUGAGCAGCCACAUAGACACUAAACCAGUCAUGAUCAAGCUGCCUUACGUAAUCCCGGGUCCUCCGUCCACCCCGUGGGUUAGCUUUGUUUCCAGAGAGAGUCUGACUGUGUGCUGGAAUGAGCCAGUCAGUGAUGGCGGAAGCCCUGUAAUUGGGUAUCACCUCCAGAUGAAAGAGAGAAGCAGCAUCCUAUGGCAGAAGGUUAAUAAAACCGCCAUACCAAUAAACCAGUGGCGGGUUACAAAUAUCUGUCCGGGUCUCAUCUACGAAUUCAAGGUAGCAGCUGAAAAUGCUGCUGGUAUUGGAAAGAUGAGCAAGACAUCUGAAGAAGUGCUUGCUAUUGAUGCCUGCGAGCCCCCAGCAAAUGUUCGUGUCACAGAAGUCACGAAGAGCUCUGUCACCCUUGCUUGGCAACGCCCACCAUAUGAUGGAGGAAGCAAGAUUACUGGCUAUAGUGUGGAGAGGAGGGAAGCCCCUAAUGGCAGAUGGGUGAAGGCCAACUUUACAAACAUCAUUGAGCUUGGCUUCACUGUAUAUGGACUUAAUCAAGAUGAAUCUUAUGAGUUCAGGGUAUAUGCCAAAAAUGCUGUUGGGUCUGUCAGUAACCCAUCUCUUAUUGCUGGCCCAGUCACCUGUGUUGAUGCAUGUGGUGCCCCAGCAAUUGAUCUUCCUCCUGAGUACCUUGACGUGGUCCAGUAUAAAGCCGGGGUGUCAGUAAAACUAAGCGUAGGAAUUAUUGCGAAGCCUCUGCCUACUAUUGAGUGGCUCAAGGACGGAAAGGAGCUGGUAACCUCUUCUAAUGUGUCUGUUGAAAGUACAACAGACUCUUCUGCUGUUCUGAUUAAGGAUGCCACUCGCUUUGACACUGGCUCAUAUGAGAUUAAGAUAAAAAAUUCUCUGGGAUCUGCCUCUUCUACAAUCAGGAUUGAAAUACUUGACAAACCUGGACCCCCAGCUGGCCUGAUUAAUUUCAACUCAAUAACAGCAGAUCGGAUAAUCUUCAGCUGGGAGCCUGUUCCAGAGUCUGACCAGGGAGGUUCCAAAGUUACCCACUAUGUUGUCGAGAGGCGGGAGACCAGCAGAGUGGUUUGGUCAACCGUUUCAGAGAGACAUGAGAAAACACACAUUGUAGUUUCAAAGCUGGUGCGUGGAAAUGAAUAUGUCUUCCGAGUAAUGGGAGUUAACAAGUUUGGAGUUGGAGAGCCACUUGAGUCUGACCCUGUCAUUGCUAAGAAUGCCUUUGUAACUCCUGGUCAACCCCGGACUCCAGAAGUGAACACUACUACCAAGUCCACCAUGUUAGUAGAAUGGGACAAACCGGGAGUGGAUGGUGGCAGCCCUGUGACUGGCUACUACUUAGAGAGACGUGAUAAAAAGAGCUCACGCUGGAUUAGAGUGUAUAAAGAUCCCAUCACUGACACCAAACAGAUGGUGUACCACCUGACAGAAGGAAAUGAGUACCAGUAUCGUGUAUGUGCAAUUAACAAAGCUGGUGAGGGGCCGUUUUCUGAGGUAUCGGACUACUAUAAGGCUGCUGACCCAGUUGAUCCACCAGAUGAGCCCUGCAAGCUAAAGGUUGUGGACUCCACAAAGACAUCAAUCACCCUGGGUUGGUCAAAACCAGAAUGGGAUGGAGGUAGUGAGGUUACCAGCUAUAUGCUGGAGAAGCUUGUUGAAGGAGAAGAAGACUGGGCAAUGAUUACUUCCAAGGGCGAGGUUAAGACUACAGAGUACACAGUUCAUGAUCUAAAACCAGAUACAAACUACUUUUUCAGAGUUUCUGCUUUGAACUGUGCUGGCCGAGGAGAACCUUUAGAGAUGACUGAGCCUGUGCAGGCCAAAGAUAUUUUGGAGGAAGCCCAGAUUGACUCAGAUGUUGCCAUGAGAACUCACUACAUUCUGAAGGCAGGAAAAGACGUUGAGCUGACUGUUCCACUGAAGGGCAGACCUGCUCCCAUGGCUUCUUGGAGCAAAGGGGAAGAAUGCAUAGAUCAUAAUCCCAAAUAUGAGUUCCACCACUCAGACACAACAACAGUGCUCAUCAUGCGUGAAGUGACCCGACUUGACACUGGAAAGUACACAGUCAAGAUAGAGAAUGGUGUUGGAGAACCUAAAAUGCUGACUCUGUCUGUGAAGGUACAGGACACCCCAGCUCAGUGCAGGAACCUGGCCAUCAAGGAAGUUACCCGUGGAAAGGUCACACUCUGUUGGGAUCCUCCACUUCUUGAUGGUGGAGCUGAGAUAACAAAUUACAUUGUUGAGAAGAGGGACUCCUCUAAGAGAUCUUACUCUGCAGUAACAAACAAAUGCGUAGACACUACAUACACUAUUGAAGACCUGUCAGAAAAAACAUCCUUCUCCUUCCGUGUCUUAGCAGAGAAUGAGAAUGGUAUUGGUGAUCCAUGUGAAACACAUGAGUCUGUCAAGGCUACAGAAACUCCAGGACCAGUCAAAGAAAUAUCUAUGAAAGAUUCAUCUAAGACUUCUGUGACACUACAGUGGCUUAAGCCUGAUUACGAUGGAGGCAGCAUCAUCUCUGACUACAUCAUUGAGAAGAAGCUGAAGGACGAGGAGUGGUCAUUGGGAGGAGUCAGCAGACAGUGUGAAUUUGAGGUCAAGAAACUCAAGGAGCACUCAGAUGUGUACUUCAGAGUUGCAGCCAGAAAUGAGAAAGGGCAGGGUGACUUUGUUGAGCAUGGCCCUAUCAAGGUCAUUGACUACAUUAUCACUCCUGAGGCAGACCUUAGAGAGUACCCAGGUGGUAGACUUAACAUCCGUCUUGGUCAUAAUGUACAUAUUGAGUUACCAUACAAAGGCAAGCCAAGACCUGCUGUGCAGUGGUUAAAAGACAGCCUGCCUCUGAAAGAGAGUGACCAAAUUCGCUUCAAGACAACUCAAAGCAAGGCAACUCUAAUGAUUAAGAAUGUGAAGAAGGAGAAUGAGGGUAAAUACACUCUGAGUCUUGACAACAAGGUCAACAGGAAGUCCUUCCAUAUCUUUGUCAAUACUCUUGGACCACCAUCAAAGCCUGUAGGACCCAUCCGCCUGGAUGAAGUCAGAGCUGACAAUAUCAUGAUAUCCUGGGAUGAACCAAAUGAUGACGGUGGAGGAGAAAUUACCUGCUACACAGUGGAGAAACGUGAUGCCUCCCAGUCAAACUGGAAGAUGGCUUGCUCCCGUGUCGAAGACACACAAUUCCGGGUCCCCAAUUUGAUCAAGGGUGUUCAAUACCAGUUUAGAGUAUGUGCUGAAAAUCGAUAUGGUGUCAGUGAGCCUCUAAUCUCACAAAUGGUUAUUGCCAAGCACCAGUUCAGGCCCCCAGGCCCACCAGGAAAACCAGUUGUUUACAAUGUGACUAACGAUGGCAUGACGAUCCAGUGGGAGAAACCUAUAUAUGAUGGUGGAACCCCCAUCCAGGGAUACCAUGUGGAGAAAAAGGAAAAGAACAGCAUCAUGUGGCAAAAGGUGAACACAGUCCUGAUCAAAGAAUUGGACUACAGGAUUCUGGAGCUCAUUGAAGGUCUUGAGUACUCCUUUAGAGUUUACGCUCAGAAUGAUGCUGGCUUCAGCCGAAUGAGCGAUGAAAGCAAGCCAACAAUGGCUGUGAGCCCUGUUGACCCCCCUGGCCAGCCUGAUUACACUGAUGUGACCAGUGAUUCAGUCACAUUAAAAUGGGAUGCACCAAAACGUGAUGGCGGUAGCAAGAUUACAAGCUACAGCAUCGAGAAGCGUCAAGGACAUGGUCGCUGGUUUAAAGCCAAUCUGACUGAAGUACAUGACUCUCAGUACACUGUCCCUGGACUGACGACAAAUGAACGUUACGAGUUUAGAGUCAUCGCCAGAAAUGCUAUUGGUGUUGUCAGUCCCCCAUCCAACUCCUCUGGCUUUAUUGCUGUACGAAGUGAAAAUGCUGCUCCAAAUAUUGAGUUUGGCCCAGAGUACUUCGAGGGUUUGACAGUUAAGGCUGGAGAUAACAUUCGAGUAAAAGUGACCGUCACUGGACGCCCAGUUCCUAAAGUUGUCUGGUACAGAGAUGAUGUGGAGAUUACCAAAAAGCUGAUGGACAUUAUUAAUGUUCCCGGAUCCAGCACCCUGUUUGUCCGAGAUGCUGACCGCUCACAUCGUGGCCUCUAUACUGUAGAAGCUACCAAUGGAUCUGGAACCAAAAAGGAGAGCAUUCUAAUCCAAGUCCAGGACACACCAGGGGAGCCGGUAGGACCGAUCACAUUCACAAAUAUUUCAGAGGGCAAGUGCACUCUGUCUUGGAACCCACCAGAGAAUGAUGGCUGCUCUGAGAUUUCACAUUACAUCAUUGAGAAACGGGAGACAGCCAAGAUAUCUUGGGCUUUGGUGUCUGAUGAAUGCAAGGAGUGUACAUUUAAUGCAACCAAACUCAUCAAGUCCAAUGAGUACCAGUUCAGAGUGUCUGCAGUUAACAAGUUUGGUGUUGGCAGGCCUUUGGAAUCCAGUCCCAUCAUUGCACAGUUGCAAUACACAACUCCUGAUGCCCCAGGAACCCCUGAUGCCACUGAGGUGACAGGGGAGAGUAUUACACUGUCUUGGAUCCCGCCAACGUCUGAUGGAGGCAACCCUAUCCAGCACUACAUUCUAGAGAAACGAGAAAAGAAAACUACUCGGUUCUAUAAAGUUAUUACCAAAAAGCCAAUUAUCGAAUGUGCUCACAAGGUGCUUAACCUUGCAGAAGAUGUGGAAUAUGAGUUCAGAGUCAUGGCUGUUAAUGAUGCCGGUGUUGGGGCUCCAAGCAACAUCUCUUUACCAAUCAGGGCUUCUGAGCCUAGAGAUAUCCCAUGUGCUCCAUCGGUGGUUUGUGUGUCAGAUUCUACCAAUACCUCCAUUAGCUUGGAAUGGACAAAACCAGUUGAUGAUGGAGGCAUGGAUAUCCUUGGCUACAUCAUCGAAAUGGUGAAGGGAGAAGAAACUGAGUGGAAGAGGAUAAAUGAGGAACUUGUGUCUGAAACUAACUAUGUGGUGACAUGUCUGCAGACAGGAGCUGAGUACAAGUUCCGUGUUGCAGCUGUUAAUCAUGUAGGCAGAGGUGAAGACAAGGAACUUCCAGAACCUGCCCAGGCUGUUGAGAGGUUAACGGCUCCACAGGUGGACAUUGAUGCCACAUUUAAACAAACACACAUUGUCAAGGCUGGAGGCUCGGUAUGUUUGGGCAUUCACUUCAGAGGAAAGCCCAUCCCUGCUGCUACCUGGGUGAAAGAGGAAGGAGAUUUGAGCGGGAUGUCAGAGAUAACUACUACUGAUGGCUACAGCUCUUUAAGUAUUGAAAAAUGCUCUAGAUAUGACACAGGCAAAUACACAGUUAACCUGGAGAAUUCCAGCGGUAGUAAGGCUGUUACCUUUGUAGUAAAGGUAUUGGAUACACCUGGGCCUCCACAGAAUGUAGCUUUCAAGGAGGUCUCCAGAGGCACCGUCACACUUGUUUGGCAGCCACCUGUCAGUGAUGGAGGUGCUCGUAUUCAUCACUAUAUUGUUGAGAGGCGUGAGGCUAGUCGACGCACAUGGCAGCAGUCUGGUGAUAAAUGCACACAGGGUAUCCUCAAGAUCCAGGACCUGCUCGAGGGUGUGCCUUAUUUCUUCAGAGUGUCAGCUGAAAAUCAACAUGGUCUGGGGGAGGCCUUUGAGCUCACUGAACCGGUUAUUGCUACAGCAGAGCCAUCAUCUCCAAAGAGGCUGGAUGUCCUUGAUACCACAGAUACCUCUGUGUCACUAGGCUGGUUGAAGCCAGACCACGAUGGUGGCAGCCGCAUUCAGUGUUACGUCAUAGAAGCUAGACCAAAAGGUGGAGACAAAUGGGUAGUGGUCGGAAGCACCAAGAAUCUUACCUAUGUUAUUGAAAAGCUUAACAAGGGUGAUGAGUAUGACUUCCGUGUUAAGGCUAAAAACGAGGCUGGCUACAGCAGACCAAAGAAAACUCUAGCACCUGUGCUGGUCAAAGAGCCUCAUAUUGAGCCUGCUGCUGACCUGAGUGAGAUACCCAACCAACUUGUCACAUGCAGAUCUGGUAGCACCUUCACCAUUGAUGUUCCUAUUAGUGGCAGACCUGCUCCUAAAGUCUCAUGGAGGUUGGAGGAAAUGAGACUGAAGAACUCUGACAGAGUCACCAUCAAGGUAACAAAGGACAGAGCCAGCAUCUCAGUCAAGGAGGCCAUGAGAGGAGAUGGAGGCAAAUACUACCUCACUCUUGAAAAUGUAACAGCAACGAAGACAUUUACAGUUGAAGUUAACGUCACUGGCAGACCAAGUCCUCCAACUGGACCAAUUGAAAUCUCUUCCAUCACCUCUGAGUCCUGUGUUGUUAACUGGCAACCACCUGAGGAUGAUGGUGGCACUGACAUUACCAACUACAUUGUAGAGAAGCGUGAAUCUGGCUCCACAGCUUGGCAGCUGAUCAACUCCAGUGUGAAGCGAACAUCUCUUCACGUUAGUCAUCUAACCAAAUAUAUGCAAUACACAUUCAGGGUCUCAGCUGAGAACAGAUUUGGGGUGAGCAAGCCCACAGAAUCCGAGACGAUUGUUGCAGAACAUCCUUUCUCACCUUCAGGCCCACCAACCAAACCUUCAGUCUUUAACGUCACAGCAAACACAAUGACCCUGAAAUGGGAGGAACCCUACCACGAUGGUGGAAGCAAAGUGACAGGCUAUUGGAUUGAAAAGAAGGAGAGGAACAAUAUAUUAUGGGUUAGAGAGAAUAAGAUCCCAUGCUUUGAAUGCUACUACAAGGUAGAAGGUCUGGUUGAAGGCCUGGAAUACCAGUUCAGGGUUUAUGCCAUGAACAGUGCUGGGCUCAGUAAAGCCAGUGAGGCCUCUAAGGGAGCAGUUGCUCAAAACCCAGUUGAUCCUCCAAGUAAACCAGAAGUCACCAAUGUCACAAGAAGCACUGUCUCCUUGAAAUGGUCAUCUCCUUUGAAUGAUGGUGGCAGUCCUAUUGUUGGCUACAUCAUUGAAAGAAAGCCAUACACUUUGACGGGUGAGGGCCGCUGGCUCAAGUGCAACUACACUAACGUGACGGAUAAUUUCUACACCGUCACUGCCCUGGGAGAAGGAGAGGCCUAUGAAUUUAGGGUGAUUGCAAAAAAUGCCAACCAAGUAUUCAGUACACCGUCGGAAUCCACAGGUUCAGUGCAGUGCAAGACUGAUUUUGAGCCUCCUAAAGCACAUUUGGACAGCAAGCUGCUCUCUGAAACUGUAAUGGUCAGAGCCGGCUCAGACCUGGUUCUGGAUGCUGCAGUCAGGGGUAGACCUGAUCCUAAGGCUUUCUGGUCCAAAGGCAACAGGGAAUUGGAGAUGUGUGAGAAAUAUCACCUGCAGUACACACCCACUAGAGCUAUGGCAAUUAUCAAAUUCUGUGACAGAGAUGAUACUGGAAAAUACAUCCUGACUGCCAGAAAUGUGAGUGGAACCAAGACUGCAGAGGUCAAUGUCAAAGUGCUUGACACACCUGGAGUAUGUGAAGGCAGCAUUGAGAUCAGCAAGAUAACAGAGGAGUCAUGCACAUUGAGCUGGAAGCCACCUCUUGAGGAUGGUGGGGAUAACAUCACACACUACAUCGUAGAGAGGCGUGACACCAACAGGUUGAACUGGGUGAUCUUGAAUCCUGAGUGCAAGGACCUGACAUGCAACAUCACUGGUCUGUUCAAGAAUACAGAGUACUUGUUCAGAGUUCGGGGGGUCAACAAGUAUGGUGCGGGGGUUUACCUCCAGUCAGAGCCAAUGGUGGCCAGAAACACAUUCACUGUGCCCACUCCUCCUGGGGCCCCAGAGAUCCUUGUAUCAGGGAAGGACUUUGCCACAAUUGAGUGGCUAAAACCAGAAAGUGAUGGUGGCAGCCCGAUAACUCAUUAUCUGGUGGAAAGACGUGAGAGGAAGAGUGCCCGCUGGGUAAAGGUGAACAGGGAUGGUGCUCACCUGGACACCAUGCUAAAGGUGGCCGGUUUGACUGAAGGCAACAUCUACCAGUUCAGGGUAACGGCUAUCAAUAAAGCUGGAGAGAGUGAGCCCAGCGAGGUUUCUCUUUACGUCGUCUGCAGAGUUCCAACAAGUACCCCUGCUCCGCCUUCCAUUCCUCGAAUCACUGACACGCAUGCUGACAGCAUCAGCCUGGCAUGGUCUAGACCUGUAGAGGAUGGAGGCGCUGAUGUGAUUGGCUACAUUCUAGAGAUGCAAGAAGCUGGGGCAGAGGACUGGAAAAAGGCCCAUGAGAAGACCCUGCAUGCUACAGAGCAUGUGGUAACCGGACUUUCUUCAGGAAAGAAGUACUCUUUCAGAGUGGCUGGAAUCAACAUUAAUGGAACAGGAGACUUCAGUGAACCAUGUGCUGAGACUGAGCCUGUGGAACGAAUUGAACCUCCUGAUUUUGAGCUCCACGACGACCUCAAAAAGACAAUCUGCCUGCGUGCCGGUGGCUCUCUUCGUCUAUUUGUGAACAUAACAGGUCGUCCUGCACCAGCUGUAACAUGGAGCAAACCUGGUGUUGACCUCCAUAACAGAGGCUUCAUCGAAGUCACCAGAAAAUCAACCACUCUCAUCAUUGACAAGGUGCACCGCUAUGAUGCUGGGAAGUACACACUGGUAGCUGAGAAUUCUGCUGGAAAACAGGAAGUCAGUAUUCUUGUCAAGGUUUAUGAUACACCUGGACCAACUGGGCCAAUCAAGAUCAAGGAGCUCACAAAAGACUUCGCCAUCAUCUCCUGGGAGGCCCCAUCUGUUGAUGGUGGUGCUCCUGUUAAUAACUAUAUCAUCGAGAGGCGUGAAGCCUCCAUGAGAGCCUACAAGACAGUAACCUCCAAGUGCAGUAAGACCUCCUAUAAGAUUGAUAACCUUAUGGAGGGCAUGCUUUACUACUUCCGCGUCCUCCCAGAAAACAUAUAUGGAAUCGGUGAGCCCUGUGAGACUCCAGACGUCAUCCUGGUCUGUGAAGUUCCUCUUCCACCGCAUAAAUUCGAGGUGAUAGACGUCACUAAGAGCACAGUCACUCUGUCCUGGGAGAAGCCGGAGCACGAUGGUGGCAGCAGAUUAACUGGUUACAUGAUUGAAGCUUGCAAGUUUGGUACUGACAAAUGGAUGAAGGUGGCAACACUGAAACUAACAGACUUUGAGCACACCGUAGAGAAGUUAAAUGAGAAAGAGCAAUACCUGUUCAGGAUUAAAGCUAUCAACAGCAGAGGAGCCAGUGAGCCCAAAGAACUUGUUGCUGCGGUCACUGUCCAGGAACAAAGAGUGAUGCCCGAAGUAGAUUUGUCCAGCAUUCCCCAGAAAGUUGUCAAUGUUUUGGCGGGUAAGACGUUGGAACUGGACCUUCCAAUCAUCGGCAGGCCUCCUCCUGUCUCCUCCUGGUAUUUUGCGGACAACAAGAUAAAGAUAACAGAUCGUGUGAAGGUCAAGAGCACUGGCAAGUUCUCCAAGCUGACUGUGUCCAACACAACAAUUGAUGACAGUGGUGACUACACACUCGAAGUCAAGAAUGCUGUUGGAGUCGUCACAGAGGUCAUAAAGGUCGUCAUUCUCUCCAAACCCGAUGAACCAAAUGGACCCAUACGGUUUGAUGAGAUUGAUGCCACCACUGUCACCUGCAGCUGGGAGCCUCCAGUCAGAGAUGGUGGAGCUCCUAUCAGUGGCUAUUUAGUAGAACAGCGUGAUGCUCACAGACCAGGCUGGGUGACUGUCUCUGACUCUGUAAGCAGACCAUUGUUCAGGUUUGAGAACCUAAUUGAAGGAGAUGAGUACGUCUUCCGCGUAGCUGCCAUUAAUCGCUAUGGAACCGGGGAGUUCCUGCAGUCUGAGAUUGUCACUUGCAAGAGCUUGAAGAAUGUGCCUGGUCCUCCUGGUCGUCCAAUCACCUUUGAUGUGUCUCGUGAUGGAAUGACUGUGGCUUGGGAGCAACCAGAUGAAGAUGGUGGUCUUGAGGUUUCUGGUUACAUCAUUGAGCGCAAAGAGGUCAGGGCUGACCGGUGGGUGCGGGCAAAUAAGAACCCAGUCACUAUGACCAGGUACAGGUCCACUGGGCUGAUUGAAGGCCUGGAGUAUGAACAUAGAGUCACAGCCAUUAAUGCAAGAGGCCUGAGCAAACCUAGUCUUCCAUCUAAACCAGCAGUAGCAACAGAUCCCAUUGAUCCUCCUGGCUAUCCUCAAAACCCAAGGAUCACAGACACUACCAAGUCAUCUGUGUCGCUUGCUUGGAGCCCACCUGAUGAGGAGGGAGAUGCUAGGGUGGAUGGUUAUUUGAUUGAGAUGCAGAAGGUCGGCUCUGUCGCCUGGAUCAAGUGCAACACAACUCCAUCUCUGAUCUGCGAGUACACACUGACCAACAUGCCGCAAGGAGAGGAAUUCAAGUUCCGUGUAAUGGCUUGUAACGCUGGAGGUUCCGGAGAACCUGCAGAAGUACCAGGAACGGUUAAAGUGACUGAAAGGCUUGAAUCUCCUGACUAUGAACUGGAGUUGAAAUAUAAAGAUGUGUACAUUGUCCGUUAUGGAGGAGUGGUUAGACUCUCUGUGCCGAUAAAAGGCAAACCCCUCCCAACCUGCAAGUGGUCUAAGGAUACUGGAGCUAUCUCCACAAAGGCUAUGAUUGCCUCCAGUGAGGACUCCAGUGAAUUGGUAAUCAAGGGAGCAGAGAGGAGUGACUCUGGUCUAUACGAGCUACUGCUGGAGAACAAAGUAGGCAAGAAGAAAGCCCAAAUUAAGGUCAAGGUCAUUGGCCGCCCAAGUGCUCCAGAGGGACCAUUGGUGUUUGAAGAAAUCCAAGCCAAUUCUGUCAAGGUCUCUUGGAAGCCACCCAGCGAUGAUGGUGGCUCAGAGAUCCUUGGUUACAUUGUAGAGAGGCGUGAAGCAGCCAGGAAUGCCUGGUACACGGUGGACUCUAGGGUAACAGAGACUCAGCUGGUCGUUAAGGGUUUAAAAGAGGGAACAGAUUACCACUUCAAAGUCACUGCUGAAAAUACCUUUGGCAUCAGUGCAUCUCUAAAAUCUGAGCAACCACUGGUACCGAAGACUCCUCUCUGUCCCCCUGAGCCUUCAAGUGUCCCUCCAGAGAUCAUGGAUGUCACCAAAAGCUCAGUGGCACUGGCCUGGUCCAGACCAAAGGAUGAUGGAGGUUCUGCAAUCACUGGCUAUUUUGUGGAGUUCAAGGAGGUGCCCUCUGAGACCUGGAUCCGCCAUGAGACCAAGAUCAGCUCCACCAUGUUUACGCUACAUGGACUUACCCCUGAUACAGACUAUCAAUUCCGCAUUGUAGCUGUCAACGAUAUAGGUGAAAGCGAGGCUGGAUCAGCAUCCGAUCCCGUCACCUGCAAAGAUCCAUUUGACAAACCAAGCCAACCAGGAGAGAUCGACACAGUAAAUGUGACAAACAAUUUUAUCACCAUUCGCUGGCAACCUCCAGAAUGUGACGGAGGGAAAGAAGUCCUGGGCUACUGGGUGGAAUACAGAAAGUCAAUUGAGAGUUCCUGGAAGAAGUGCAAUAAACAGAGAAUUAAGGAGCAGGAAUUUACCAUGACAGGACUGGCUGAGGCCACAGAAUACGAGUUCAGAGUCUUUGCUGAGAAUGAGACAGGAAUGAGUAGACCUCGUAGGACUGCCACAUGCAUCAAGACUAAACUGAUCUCUGAAAGUAAACCAAGCCUCAGGAAGGAAAUGGAUGAGGUCACUACCAAGCUUGGCCAGCCUGCUGUUAUGAAAUGCCAGAUUGUUGGCCGACCUGUACCUGAUAUAAAGUGGUACCAUUGUGGCAAAGAGAUCGUAGAGUCACGCAAGUACGAGAUGAGCUCUGAUGGCCGCAACCACUCCCUGUCUAUCAUGACGGACCAGCAGGAAGACGAAGGGGAAUACACCUGCAAGGCCAUUAAUGAAGCAGGAGAAGCUGAGACUACUGGUGUUCUAGUGCUGGAGGCUGCUCCAUCCUUCCACCCAGAUUACCCACUGAAAGAAACCUAUUAUGCCGGACUUGGAACAACUCUUCGCAUCCAUGCCGUUUAUAUUGGCCGUCCUCAGCCAAAGAUUAUGUGGCUGCUUGGGGCUAAAACGCUGGAAAACACAGAGGAUAUUAGCAUUGAGACCACUGAGCAUUACACACACCUGAUUGUAAAGAAUGUCCAGCGCAGAGUCCAUGGAGGCAAAUAUAGGAUUAGACUGCAUAACCACUUUGGCAGGGCUGACACGGCCUUCAAUGUUGAAAUUUAUGACAAACCUGAUAUACCUCAGGGACCCAUUGUCCUGGAGGCCCUCCUUAAGAAUUCUGUCAUCAUCAGCUGGAAACCUCCCAAAGAUGAUGGAGGCUGUAUGAUCACCAACUAUAUUGUGGAAAAGAGAGAAGACAAGGAGGGCACAGAGUGGGAACUGGUGUCUUCCUCCAUUAACAGCACAUCCUGUCGGGUGCCCAACCUGAUUGACAGUGCUGGAUACUUUUUCCGUGUUUAUGCUCAGAAUCGAUAUGGCAACAGUGAGCCACUAGAGCUCACCAACCCCAUCUUGAUUAAGAGCCAACUGGAGAAACCAUCACCACCACUGUCACCAGUUGUGUCUGGUAUCACUAAGGACUCAUGUGUGCUUUCUUGGAAACCUCCACUAAGUGAUGGUGGAUCUAAGAUAAAAAGCUACCGUGUUGAAAAGAAAAAUAAGAAGGAUAAAAAGGAAUGGACUGAUUGGACUCCAGUUACCACAGAUGAGAUCAAACAAACAGUGUUCUCUGUCAAGCGCCUGACAGAAGGCGUUGAAUAUGUCUUCCGUGUCAAGUGUGAAAACCUAGGUGGAGAAAGUGACUACAGCGAAGAGACGGCUCCCAUCAUCCCAGCAACUGCUGUAGAUGUACGCGCACCUGCCUUCAAGGAGGAGCUGAGGAACAUGAGUGUCAAGUACAAGAGCAAUGCUACCCUGGUCUGCAAGAUCACAGGACAACCUAAACCUGUAAUUAAAUGGUUCAGACGAGGAAAGGAGAUCCAUUCAGAUGGCAAGAAGAUCAAAAUCCAGGAAUUUAAGGGAGGAUAUCACCAGCUGGUUAUCACUGAGGCUGAUGAGGAAGACUCUACUGUUUAUCAGAUCAGAGCCACCAACCAAGGAGGCUCGAUAUGUGCCACAGUCUCUCUAGAUGUUGAAAUCCCUGCCAAGAUUCAUCUGCCAAAGAACCUAAAGGACAAGGAAGCAAUCCCAGCUCUGCGUGGGGAAGUGGUCAAUAUUAAGAUUCCUUUCAGUGGUAAACCAGAUCCUGUCAUCACUUGGCAAAAGGGACAAGAUCUUAUUGACAGCAAUGGCCAUUACCAGGUGAUUGUCACUAGAUCCUUCACCUCUUUGGUGUUCGCCAAUGGAGUAGAAAAGAAAGACGCUGGCUUUUACAUCGUCUGUGCUAAGAACAGAUUUGGCAUUGAUCAACAAACCGUGGAGUUGGAUGUUGCUGAUGUGCCCGAUCCACCUCGUGGUGUCAAAGCCAGUGAUGUGUCAAGAGAUUCUGUCACACUCAACUGGGUGGCUCCAGCCAAUGAUGGUGGCAGCAGGGUUAUAAGUUAUAUCAUUGAAAAAUGUCCAACUACUGCUGAGCGGUGGGAACGUGUUGCACAGUCCCGUGACACCCACUACACAGUGAUUAAUUUGUUUGGUGGUACAAGCUAUCAGUUCAGAGUUAUUGCAGAGAACAAGUUUGGACAGAGUGCCCCAUCUGAGAGCAGUGGACCCGUUAUGACCAAAGAAGACAAAUCCAGAGUUCUGCUUUAUGACAGGGAAGUUGAUGACACUGACCGAGUCCGCAAAGGCAAAGCCCUACACUCUGACACCAAGAAUCUGCACAACAAAUAUUCCAUUGCAGAGGAACUGGGCAGAGGCCAAUUUGGCAUUGUUCAUCGCUGCGUUGACAUCAGCUCUGAGAAGACAUACAUGGCCAAAUUUGUGAAAGUUAGAGGUGCUGAUCAAGCAAUAAUUAAAAAAGAAAUUGCAACAAUCAAUUUGGCCAAGCACUUUAACUUCCUCCUCCUUCAUGAGUCCUUUGAAAGCCCAGAAGAGCUGGUGCUGAUCUAUGACUUCAUCUCUGGCCAAGACAUCUUUGAGCGCCUUAAUACAGCAGAGUUUGAGCUCAAUGAACGGGAGGUUGUUAACUAUAUUAGGCAGAUUUGUUCAGCUCUGGAAUACCUGCAUUCUGAGAGAUAUGGACACUUUGAUAUCAGACCUGAGAACAUUGUAUACACAACGAGAACCAGCUCAACUGUCAAGAUCAUUGAAUUGGGGCAGUCUAGACAUCUGACUCCAGGAGAACAAAUCAAAAUUCAAUACACUACUGCAGAGUACGCUGCCCCAGAGAUCCACCAGUGUGACAUGGUUAGCACAGUUACUGACAUGUGGUCAGUAGGUGUCCUUACAUAUGUGCUUCUAAGUGGACUUAAUCCAUUCACAGCUGAAACCAACCAACAAAUGAUUGAUAACAUUUCAAACGCAGCCUAUGGCUAUGAUGAUGAGUCCUUCAAGCAAGUCAGCGUAGAAGCCUUAGACUUCAUUGACCGUCUGAUGACAAAGGACCGUAAGCACCGUAUGACUGCAGCUGAGGCUCUGGUGCAUCCUUGGCUGACAAAACCUGCAGAAGAGAUCAGUGCCAGGGCACUUCCAACAGGCAGACACAAGAGAUACUACCAGGCAAUUGUCAAGAAGGAAUGGAGCACAGUAGUUUCUGCUGCCCGUGUUGCCAGCGGUGGCUCCAUCCGGCCCCAGCGUGGUGUUUUUGUGUCUAAAGUCAAGAUUGCUCCAUUUGAACAUGGCCCUGUUGCGGGCCAGCUAAGCCAUGCCAUGGUCAGUGAAGGAGAUAGUGUGAAGUUCAUCUGCAACAUUGAGAAUUAUGACAGCACCACAGAAGUUACAUGGUAUUGUGGUGUGAGGCAACUUGAGGCCGGAGAAAAGUAUGAAAUUGAGUAUGAGGACGGAGUUGCUGUAAUAACCAUUAACAAGAUCGUUAGAGCAGAUGACGGUACAUACAGAUGCAAGGUCGUGAAUGAGUAUGGUGAGGAUAGUGCUUAUGCAGAGCUAUUUGUCAGUGGGGUUCGAUCUUACCGUGACUUCUUCACUACUCGUGUGAUAAGAAGGACAAAGCGAAGAGUGGACACAGCCCGAAUGCUUCAGAAGCCACCAGAGUUUACUCUUCCCCUGGUCAACCGCACAGCCUAUCUUGGUGAAGAUAUACGCUUUGGCGUAACCAUCACCGUUCACCCUGAGCCUCGUGUCAUCUGGCACAAAUCCGGACAAAAACUUAUCCCUGGACAUGAUGAUAGAAAAUACACCUUCAUUAGUGAUAAAGGCUUGUAUCAGCUUAUAAUCCACAACUUAGAAAAAGAGGAUGAUGCUGAGUACAGUGUUGUGGCCCGCAACAGGUAUGGUGAUGACAGCUGCAAGGCCCGCCUCACUGUUGUUCCCCGCCCCAAACCAGCAGACCUCACCUUGAGACCCAUGUUUAAACGGUUGCUUGCAAACAUUGAGUGUAAAGAGGGUCAAAACAUCCGAUUUGAGAUCAGAGUUUCUGGCCACCCAACACUGAAGUGGGAGAAAGAUGGCACACCCUUAGCCUUUGGACCAUCCAUCGAAGUUGUUCACGAGGGCUUGGAUUACUACAUCCUUCAUGUAAGAGACACACUCCCUGAGGACUCUGGAGUAUACAGAGUUACUGCAACGAACUCUGCUGGAUCUGCCAGCUGCCAGGCAACUCUUAAAGUGGAAAGAGUAACUCAUGUAAAGAAGGAGUAUGAGCCAAGCGAAAAGGAGAAGCAAAAGAUAGCUGGACAGGUGGAACUGGAUAAAAAGGUUAGGCUGUCUCAGAUAUUGACUGGCACUGUUGUCACACCUCUCCCACCUGCAGCAGUAGAAGCUGUCAGAGAGGCAGCUACUAUGUUCAAACCUGCUGUCAAAACCAAGACAGGAGAGAAGACUGAGGCUGAGAUAAAGAAAGAAAAGGAGGAGAGGAAGAAGCGUGCUGAUGAGAAAAGGCUUCGCAUGCCUUAUGUUGUUCCUACACCUCGAGUCAUAAAUCCAGCUGUUCUAGAGGAGGAUGUAGAAAUAAAACACUUCCAGCCCCUCUCUGACAUGAAAUGGUACAAGAAGCUGCGGGAUCAAUAUGAGUUCCCUGAGCCAAUGGAUAAAAUCAAACAGAAGAGAAUGAAACGUAUCCGUCUGUCUCGGUGGGAGCAGUUCUAUGAGGUGCCCAUCAGGAUCAAGGAAGAUUAUAAGCCAAAGUGGCGCAUCUCCUCUACGACGCAGGAUGACUUGGAGACAGUGAGGCCCGCAAGGCAUCGCACUCCCUCUCCGGAGACAGAGGUCUACCGCCGGCUCAGAAGGAGGUCUCUGGGAGAUCUCUCAGAUGAGGAGCUGCUACUACCUGUAGGUGAAUAUCUCUCAAUGAAAAGAACAGAGGAAGAGAGACUCCGUUUAGAGGAAGAGCUGGAACUUGGUUAUUCUGCUUCUCCACCUAGCCUGAGCCCAGUUCGAUUUGAGCUGUCUGCUUUGCGCCCAACAUCUCCCAGGAGAGUCUACAGUGAUGAGGAAGGAGGAGAAGAGGUGAAAAGAUAUGAUUGCUAUAGAAUUCCUUCUAAGUAUGAGGCCGGACCUACUUUUGUUGACCUUCGCCAGCGUCACGACAAAGCCACACACAGGCCUCCAAGACAGAAGCAACGAGUGUACGAAGAGAGGGAAGAUCUUGAACUGCUACGCCCACAUACAACCACGGAGAGACUUUCUUCUUACAAAAGUCAACUUAAACGCAUGGAAUUUGAGGAGAAGACACGGACCUCUAAGAAGGAAGCUGUUUCAGUUUCAACCUUCUCUGAGACCACUGAAUCUGAGCAUCUGACAACUUUUGCCACAGAAUAUAUACCUAAACCCAUAAAAAAGGUCCCCUUGCCUGAACCAGAGGUGGCAAAAUCUUUUGCCUUAGAAAAAGCUUCAAAAACAGAUGCUACUUAUCCAAAAGUGGACUAUUUGUCUAGGUAUGAGGAGAGAAAACAGGCAAUUAGAUCUGAGAGAAGGUCUGUUGAGAGGACAGUUGAAGUUGUAACACAGGCUCCCUUCAGCCUUGAUCAUGCCCCACGUAUUACCAUCAGAAUGCGAUCUCAUCGUGUGCCAUACGGUUCAAACACAAAGUUUACUUUGAAUAUCCAAGCCAAACCUGAACCAGAGAUCAAAUGGUUCCACAAUGGAAAGGAGAUUCAUCAGAGCAGCAAAUACUUCAUGACCAACAUCAGUGGAGUUUUAACUCUCCAGAUAAACAACUGCGUGACCGAAGAUUCGGGCACAUACCGUGUAAUCUGCAAGAAUGCUAAAGGAGAAACCUCUGAUUAUGCUACAUUGGAUGUAGCAGGGGAAGAGUAUGCUGCUUUUUCAUCUUUCCGCAAAGAGGAGGAGCCACCAACAGCCCACCUGCCAGAGAUGACACGAACAGAGGUCUACCAUGUUUCUUCUUCCAAAACAACUGUUGAGGAAAGUGUCACUGGAAUCGUAAAAGAGACCUCUGCUGUCAUUGAGGAGCCAAGGGAGAAGCCUGGAGUUCCUGCCACAAUCCUGACCAAACCAAAGUCCUUGACUGUGGAGGAAGGAGACAAUGCCAGAUUUGAGUGUGAUGUGGAUGGUGAACCAUCACCUUCAAUCACCUGGCUUCAUGAAGGGAUAACUGUUGCUCCCAGUGCCCGGCAUCACAUUGUUUCCACUCAGUACAACUCAACCUUUGAAAUUUCUGCUGUCGAGAUGUCAGAUGAAGGCAGCUACACAUUGCUAGUAGAAAAUGCUGGUGGAAAACAGGAAGCCCAGUUCACUUUAAAGAUCAACAAGUCUGAGUCUAAGGAGAAAGUAGUCGCCUCUCCUAGAAUCACUUCUCCAGAGGCUAAAUCUCCAUUACCAAAGUCACCCGAGCCAGUCAAAUCACCCCAAAGAGUCAAAUCACCCGAGCCAGUCAAAUCACCUCAAAGAGUAAAGUCUCCAGUUUCACCAAAGUCGCCAACUCCCAAGUCUCCUACUCCAAAGUCACCAACUCCCAAGUCUCCUACUCCAAAGUCCCCACCUCCGUCUGAAAGGGAGCAACUAAUUCCUCCAGUCAAGUCACCUAAGAGAGUCUUGUCACCAGUUCUUGGAAAGAAGCCUGUCUUUUCAGCGGGGCUCAGUGACGUUACUGCAUCCUGUGACUCGAUUGUGAAGCUGUCUGUGAAGGUGAAAGGAGAGCCUAAACCUACGGUCUCUUGGUCAAAGGAUGGACAGACAAUAUCUCAAGGUGGAAAGUAUGAAUUAUUUGAGGACCAAUGUUCAGCGCAUCUAGAAAUCUGUAAGUCAGAGGUUUCUGACAGUGGGGUCUACAGGUGCACAGCCACCAACUCUUCUGGAGCAGUGUCAACAACCUGCACAGUUACAGUACAUGAUUUAAAGAGCUCUGAAACAAUAUCGGAGGAAGUCCUGAAAAAGGAAAGAAUCCAUGAGGUAACAUCGUCCUCUGUAACAGAGGUGAAGUCCUCAGAAAUCCAGAAAUCCGUCGAAGAAGCGCCCUACUUCCUGCUGCAACCCAGGUCCCAAAACGUGAAUGAGGGACAAACCGUUAUGUUUACCUGUGAAAUUUCAGGCCACCCUUCCCCUGAAGUGGAGUGGUUGAAAGACAACGCAUUGAUAUUCGUCUCUCCAAAUAUCAAACUAAGACGUUCUAAGAACGAGUUUACUCUGGAGAUUUCUGAGGCAACGGUUGCAGAUAGCGGGAAAUACACAAUAAAAGCCAGGAACCAGUUUGGGCAGUGCUCUGCGACAUCAUCGCUCAACGUCUUCUCUCUGGUUGAGGAACCAAUACAAAUGGCCACUGUCGAGCAAAGAGCUUCUACUGAGGCCGCUAUGAGCAUGCAGAAAAGUUUCUUAGCCUCAUCGGUUUAUACGGAAGCUGCCUUGAUGCAGGCCAGCAGCUACAGCAGCAGUUCCCACUCUGCUGUCGAUCAGUUUUCCUUUGAGAGCAUGUCUGCAGCCAGCAUGUCUGCCAUGGCGACCGAGUCAGUGGUGUCCAUGAGCUCCAGCAGCCAAAGCGUAGGAAUGUCUGCCCGCUCGCAUGUAAAGGCGCUCACUGCUGGGCCUAAGACAGGCACUCCACCAAAGAUCGAAGCGCUUCCACAGGAUGUAAGCGCAGAGCCGGGGAAGUCUCUAACUGUGGCCGGCUUGUUCUCCGGGGAUCCUGCUCCCUCUGUCCAGUGGCUCCGCUCAGGUCGAACCCUCCCCAACGGAGACCAGCGGUUCCAUGUGGAUAAUGCGGCUGAUCUCUCCACCCUCAUGAUCUCUGCGGUGAAGGAGGCCGACGCCGGCGCAUACACGCUCCGACUCUCCAACGAGCUUGGCUCUGAUUCCGCAACUGUAAACGUUCACGUCCGGUCCAUGUAAAAAAGAGAAAAAAUUAUUUCCCCUCUUCCCCUAGUCCUAAACUUUUUAUUUACAAUAAUCUUACUUGAUAAAGAUCUGGAAUAUUCUUGUAAAUAGGAACUAUUUUUGUACCAAACUUGACGUUAAUUUAUGCCAAACUAGACUAAAGUCUAAAGUUGUAAAAUGUGCCAUAUUGGAUAACUCUGACUUCAUUUUUCUGUGACAUGUACAUAAUGUAUAUAGCCGAGUUUACCGGUUAUGGGAAAUGUAUGCAUUGUUAUUUAUGACAAUAAUAUUAACUGAAACUCAAAGAAGCUAUAAUUGGUUAACAGGAGAAAGUCUCCGCUGGAACGAAUACCCUGUUAAACCUGGAAACUAAACUCUGUGCCUCAACGAUAAGUUGAAGUCUUAAGAUUGCCUCAACAGGUAGAGAGGCUCCCUGUUGAUGUUAAGAAGCAGAAACAAAAAGACAAACUUCUGGUUUGGACACGCAUCUGUGCGCGUGAUAUUACACUUUUAUGGGAGUUGUACCAUGAGCAUAAGACCCUGAGUGCUGUUUGCAUCACCCUCAUGUAAGCAGCAGGAACCGGCCUUGUGCUCAGACGGACGUGUCACACCACCACGACUUGAUGAGCUGCAGAGAGGGCGAGCGGCCUGCUCUCUCUGCAUUUAGAUUCAUUUUGUUCAUGAGCGCUGCUUCUGGCACAGGACGGCUGGUUUGGCUUCACUAAGCAACAUCUCCUGGCCAGAAGACGGGGAGUCAACAGCAGCCCUGCUGUGCAGGAGCAGCGCCACCUCUUGGAGGAUCAUAGCUGAUGUGUUGUUGUUUUGAGUGUGAGUGUCUGUAGUUUGUAGUCGUUUCGCCUUGUCAGUAGUCAGGGUUUUAAUUUUCCUUUAUCCGCAUCCCUGAGUUCAUCUGUGGUGAGGUUAUGGUUUUACCCUGGACGAUGACUUUAUUGAUCUGCUGAUGUAGAACCUAUAUAUCAUCCUCCUUGAGUUUUACUGAUUUAAUAAAGCAUGAUUUCAGCACUAUAAA